AUGGGCAUGGAGCGACUGACCACAGGUUUGCUGCUGCGUUUAGGUGUUCUUUUCACAGCUGUGUGCGUGUGCAUUCAUGUUUACCUGGAGACAAGUUGGCGGGCAGCACCUGCACCCCUGACACUGGGACAUCCCACCCUGUCUGGCCAAACCCGAGGCCAACAAAGUAGAGCCAAGCAGGUCUCUGCAGAGCCACAGAAGCAGGACAGAAGCCUCAAAAGGAGAAUUUCAUAUGUUCGAACGCUGAAAAAGGACAGAAAGAAGGAUGAAGACAAAGAGGACCCUUCACCCGCAUGCUGUCAACCUGCCCGCCUGCACCGAAAGGUAUGUUUAAAAUUAGCUUAAUUGUUGUGUUUCUUGUAACACAAGAUUCUUGUAAGGGUAUCUGAUCCUGAAUCAGUGCAGUAGGAGACAGAGCAGCUCAAUAAGAAGCUUUGACUGCUUCUCUGUGAGUCAGUGGCUUAAAGCGCUGUAAUCCCAGGAGGGUGAUGAUUGAAGAACAGGGAGCUGAAUCAAUGCACGUUCACUAAGCGCUUCUGAAAUGCUCAGAGUUAGAAAAGAAAUCAGUCACAAGGGUUUCUCACAAUGGCAGCUGGUGUGUUUUUGUGCAGAUGCAGUCGUUAAAAUAAUCCAAAACAAACACAUUAUACACAGGACUGUAGGUAAGGUGUAACAUAUCUAACUGUAUUUCACAGUCAGGUAUCAGCAGGUGUUGGUGUAUGCAGAAAAGAUGGUUUGUGUGGAGAGCAAAAGCAGGCAGUAAUCUAGCCAUGAUGAGACAUCUCUCUGCAAGUGCAACUAGUAAAUCUAUGUGCUCGAUCUGCUUGAUGUGUUUGAAGAAAUAAAUCAGGGGUUUAAGUUCUGGAGUACCUGGAAUGUGUCAGGAAUGAUUAAUCUGAUCUCAGUCUGAAGCUGCUUUGAGGAACUUCUGGUGUCAACAGUUGUCUUUGCUUUUCUUGUCCACUACAUGCUCGAGUUGUGAUUUAUGACAAAAAUCUCAUCAUGCUGACUUUUGACAGUCGCAUGUGUUGUUCACUGUAAAUAGUUUAUGUUCAAAUCGUAAUAACAGGGCCGUUUCUUUGGCUACAAGGCUCCAUUUCAUGCAUGUCAAAAAAACUCCUUGUGGGAGCUUUAACCAACAUCUAUUUUUUUCAAGUUUAUUUCUCCUCCCCUUGAAGACUGAUAUGACAAAUUUAGCACUUUGACUUUGAAAAAUCUUUUAUUUUGGGAAACAUUUACUCUUAAAUUGUCUAUUGUGAGCAACUUGUUUGGGCUAAUGCCAGAAUAAAGCUUCUGGAUAGCUUACUAUCUACUGAAACAGACUAAUGGGCCUAAUUUUUGUUUUUUAAAUACCAUUAACCUUAAAAUGACUACAAAACAAACAUGAUCAACUCUCUUACAGUCAUAACACAUGUAAGCACGAAAGUUUCAGAGAAACGAAAGCCAUACAAAUCUGGUGACUUCCCCUCUGGCUGUUGAUACAACAUUUGAAAAUCUAUACAUACUCAACUCCAACAAAGAGCUUUUAUGUCUACCAGUACAAACACAGCUAUUCACACACUAAACCUACACGCAUUCAGCAGGCUCGACCUUUGACCUGUGAAGGGUGUGUUAAAGUGCAGGCUUAACAAAAGUCCCACUUCCCUCCCUCUGAGCCCCUUGGGGCCUUAUUUUUUCUCUUAGAUUAAAGCUUUUAUUCGGAUAUCUGAUCCCUCCAUGCAUCAUCUCCCUUUUGUUCCCCUUCUCUUCUAUUUUACCUCUCUUACAAAUAGACACACAAUCAGUCUCUUUCCUUGCUCUUGCUCUCCUCUUUGACUCAAUCCCCCAUUGUCCUCUUCUCUCUGUUACUUUGGGGUAAGUGAUGCUUGUUUCACUUUUGUUUUUCUAAAUUUUUAAUGAGCUAUACCAACAAGAGACCGAAGAGUAAAAGCACUGAGUUUUUAAAUGCCACAAAAUCACUGCAGGGCUGCUACGCCACACUGAGAGAUGGGCACUCAUAUGCUAUCAAUAUUAUAUACUACCAUAUGCUCACUCUGCCUGCUUCCUCACAAAAAAUUGUCACAUAAGAAGCCCUGGAGGGGCCCUGGUGAAAUUUCUGUGUCAUAUGCUGCUGCUGCCAUUUAACUCCUCGUCUUUACACCUCUUCUUGCUUUUUCUCGCUGUAGGCUUUCAUCUGAGGAGAUCACUGUUGCUCUUUUCCUUCUGUCAUGUUACCCUGUUUCUGCUCUCUCAUCCUCCCUUGUGCUUUUUCAUCUCAUCUCUGUCUUCAUUUGAAACUUCAGUCUCACCUCCCACCUCUAACCCAUUUCUCACCUGUUUUCAUAGCCUUCUUUAAUUCUUGUUUCUGCUCCCUCACUCGUACUUGCUCUGUAGAUUAAAUACUGUGGAGGUAAGAUGAGCCGUUGCUUUGUGGGGACAAUGAGGAUGCCUUCAAAAUUGAUGAUGAAUUGAAAACAAGGACAUAAGGAGAAUAUUCCUGCCCCGUACCCUCAUCCAUCUUAGCACUCAAUGAUAUGGGCAUUUCUGUAUCAUAUCAUUGAGUUUGUUUAUACCUCCAGAGUGUAUUUGCUGUAGGAUUGCAUCACUUGUCUUAAAAGUGAUCGUCAGUAGAAUCACUGAAACAUAACUUUGAGUGUUAUUUUAUUUGCCUUUGACAGUGUUUGGUAUCUUUUUUUGUGGUUGUUUUCACUGUCAGCAGUGUGUGGAAAAAUCAAAGUCUCAGGUGUCUGCAGAGCUUGAACAAAAACUGCUAGUUGCACCUUUAUACCAUGUUAUCUAUUUAUGAGGUGCUAUGGUUAAAACCACUGAGAUGUUUCUCAAUCCACAUAACAGUAUCCACAUCUACUGGAAAUAGUUGUAAAAAAAAAGAAAAAGUUGCAAACACUUACAGGGAUAAGGCCUGUCUGAGGUAAUUUAUUGUGCUGUUGCAAAUCAAGAGGGUGUGCCAGGACACCUGUCAUUCAUUACACUACAGAAUAAAAAGCAAAGAUGACACAAUGCUUGAGCUGUAAAAAAAAAAAAAAAAAAAAAAAAAAAAAAAAAAAAAAAAAAGAGAGAGAGAGAGAGAGAGAGAGAGAGAGAGAGAGAGAGAGAGAGAGAGAGAGAGAGAGAGAGAGAGAGAUACUACUCUAAGUUUCACCAACAUUUUGAAGCUCCUGUAAGGAACUCUCAGUCUGAAUCACAUUUUAGCAUCUCUUGUGGACAAAGCAGUUUUUGCUAAUUUUGCUCUCUAUACAUUUAAAUACUGUCUUCUGACAAAAUAUCCCAUCCUGUUAACUUUUCACAGUCAGAUAUGUUAUUUAUUGGGAAUAUUGAUGUGUAAAAAAUUAAAAACAGGGCUGUUUCUUCAGCUGUACCAUGAUAUCGCCCCCCUUGCACCAAUUUUAGGCAUUAAAUAAAAGUGAGUAUAAAAGUCAUCAUCCUUGUCUUCAUGAAGUCCAUAUUUGCUUGUCUACUUUCGAAAAAUAUCAGUACUAAUUUCAGUCUGUCUCAUAAAUGUCAAAUAAUUCACAGGAGCUUUAAAUUCAUCUAUUUGAAAGAUAGUUUUAUUCAUGUUUACUAUAUAAGGAAGGGGGUAUAUUUACCCUAACCCUACAAGAUGGCACUACACUACCUAAAGCUUUGAGGUGGCGAGGUGCUUUCAUGACUGCCAGGGCAGCUGUCACUAUUGCCAACUGCACAUCAACUGAUACCAUCAAUAAUCUGCCCAUACUCAGUACAAGUGGCUGUUUCAGGGUGUAAAGCAUGCAAGGGGAUACAGCAAUGAGGACCAGGUUAGAGGCACCAGUCCUAUAUGCAAAGAAAAUGGUGUUCAGCCUCUGAGUACAUAAACUUUGCUGAUUUCAAUGAAAUAACUCCUCAGUGUCAGACAACAAGUGACCAGCCGAGGUGUUUGGCGUGCCUCCCAGCAAGUCCCUCACAAGAAGUGGCUCUGUACCCUGUAGCUGUCAAAUUUACGACAGGCUAAGCCCAACUGCAGUAUCAGGAGCAGGCAGGAUUGUAACACAUCAACAGCGUGUCAAGAGUUACACAUGAGUUCAUCAUGGAUCAAACUGUGUAUUAUAUGUAGUAGACAGUAGCACAGAGAACAAUUUAACAUCAAACUCUUUGGAUGGAAAUUUCUAUCCCUGCAGCUCAGACAAUGUCCUUUAACGACAUCUUCUUUUCUAUGCUAGAGUAGGAUUUGUCACUGUUGGAAAAUGGGUUUAUAUCAUUCUUUAUUUUAGGUACCCCAUCACUGUGAUAGACAGAGGCAAAGAGAUACUCUGCUCUCUAUUUCAUAAAUAUAUUGAUUGGUUUUGUCAGCUGUUUAUGGCCUUUUUCAAUGCAUAUUUGAAGUUUUAUUUGCAUCCUUAUACUGGCUCAGGUUUGAAAAAUGUCAUACUUGUCUUGUAAAAAGUGAAAUGCCUUUAACUUCACCACAUCAGAUAACAAUAUAUUCCCUUAUUUGUUACUUAGUUAGUGAUUGGCAUCACUUUGUGUACCACCAAGUUCAACUUCACAAAUACUAUUCCCAAAUCUUUGCUGCAGUUUUCAUAAUUUGAAAGAGAAAAAUAAUAAUUUUGAGCUUUGAGGCUUUGUUUGAACAGAAUGAAACAAAAAAAAGUAAUUGAGAAAGGCAAAGCUCUUUUCAAAACUAAUUCAAGAAGCUGACAGGUGACAGGACAGACUAACGCUGACAGAUUCCUCUUCCCUCAGUGUCAGAGAGAGAGAGAGAGAGAGGGAGAGAGAGAGAGAGAGAGAGAGAGAGAGAGAGAACCUAAGGGUCCUUUUUUGUAAUAACCAAUCUAAAGGAAAUCUGAUCUCUUAGCUGUCAACCAUCCACAUAAAUACCCUCACACUCAUCCUCUUUAAUCAUUUACCUCUUGCAGGCUUUUUUCCCCACUGAGGGUAAAGCAGGAGAGGGAUGAGUUGGUAAAUCAUAGUGAGACAGAUAAACAACAGCGACAGAGAUGAAGGGAGAGAAGGAAAGAGCCAGACGGGAGAAGAGAAAGAAAGAGAAGAGCAGACACAGUAUGCACCAAUGACUCAGAGCAUCGUCACUCAGCCCCCUGAAUUUUAACACAGAACACUGGCUCUAAACCACAAAGAAGCACACACACACACGCACACACAAAACAUUCCCACUCCAACGCUUUUUUAUCUUUUUGGAUAAAACUAUUCAAAGCUUCAGAAAGUCAAGAGGCAGCAGGCAGUUCAAAAACUCACCUGAAGUCAGCAGAUGAUGCCAUAUAUAAAUUUUCACAGUAAUGAUUCCAACGCUCUGCUGCUGACAUUCAGGGAAGAGGUAAUGCUGCUAUUGAUGACUUGAAAGGGUUAGGCUAAUAAUAAGUUCUGCAGAUCAAUAUCCAAAAUAAACCCUUCAAAACAAAGAGUUGACUCAAGUUUUGAAUUAUCAGACCACAGAACGGUUUUCCACUUCACCUCAGUCCAUCUCAAAAAGACCCUGGCCUGUAGAAGUCACCAGCUUUUCCAGAUCAUGUCUAUGUGGUUUCCACUCAAUUUGACCUACGUUGUGUUCAUGGGAAAUGUGUUUUGGAAAUGUUUUUGAGUCCGUGCGGUUACUUCCACCACAGAGUCAUGUUUGUUUUAAAUGCAGUGACAUGUGAUGGUCUAAAAUCACAGCCAUCCAUUUCUGUUUUUUGUUACCAGCUGAAUACCUCUAAGACAAACCCUCUCUGUUACUUAAGUAAAGAUUGAUACAAAAUAAGUUUGUUUACAUUGUUAUUAAAAUAAGGCAUUUCCCUCCAGCCUAUAUCAGGAGCUGAGUCUUGUAGCUGUUGUAAAAAAGAAACAUUUGGUAGGUUACCCCUUAAAAAUCCAACAAUAUUUAGUCAAAAUAAAACAAUCCUACAUGAUUUAAAGAAAGGAAAAUACAGCAACAGCAGGAACCAUCUUGACCUUGCAGUAAACCUCAACAAGUGUCUCAUUACUCCUCAUAAAGUCAAACUACUUCAAAGUCUGAAACUUUUCUAUGCACUGGAAGAGAAAACAGUGCCCUGAGCACCAGCCCAAGUCCAAUGGUUUACUGUCAAAAAAUAGAUCUACACUACUGAAUCUACUCCCUGCCGAAAUUUCUGCAAGCCCAUCAUGCCUCUCACAGCUUGGAUGUGAAAUAUUCUUUCACAGCUUACUCACCCAAUCACCAUCUAUUGAUAUACAGCAAGUGCAAACAUCUUCAAAUUAAUGUACAAAUGAAUUAUUCAUGCUUAACUGCUUCAAACAGUCUCCUUAUUGCUUAUCUAUUUUAUCAGCCCUCCUUGCCUGUAAUCCUAUUGCAGAGUGUAUAUACUGUAAGCAUUUCCCUGAAGAGUUUCUCCUAAAGUUACUCAGAGCUUCCUCUCUCACAUGUCAACCACACACUCAGAAACAAAGCUCACAAACUACAACUGUGCAUCUUUUCAGAUAUUUCUCCCCGUUUAGACGAUUUUAUAACCAGACAUCAGGUCAGUCUGAUGAUUGUCUAUAGAAGAAAAAAAGGGAACAGAUUACCAGUUCUAUGCAGUAUCUGAUCUUUUAAUCUCAUUUCACACAGCCCAAAAAGGAAGCCAGAAUAUUAGAGGAUCAGAUUUCUUAAUUAUCCUGUAGCCUUUUACCAGCUAUGAAAAAAAGCUGAAAAUAAAAUUUAGAUGUUUCGAUUUGAUCAACAGCAUCCUCGAAGAGUAAUAUGAAAGAAAUCAUCCAGAGGCAGAUUAACUAAGGCCCCCAUAACCUCCUAAAAUUAGGUUAUUUGGAUAAAAAAAAUACUUUUGAUGGAGUCAGUUGAUUAAAAAAACUCAAAGCAGCCUGCACUUUAACUCCAAAGAUUUCUUUGAAUAUGAUGGGACACAAGCUCUUUUAGCCACAGGGCAAGUAUUAAUUACUUUUGUUCAAAUGAGCCUGAGUUUGAUUCCAAAUUCAUUCUUUUCUCCUGAACAUUCAUUAGUCCAGCACUGGGAUAAAGACAGAGCAGAAUAGGCCACUUUGUACAGUCUGUGCCAACCACUGCCAGCCACUUUAAGGCCCCCCAGUGGAAUUUCUAAUGCCUGAAACCCAGUGACCUUGGUGCAAUAGAGAGAGAGAAAGAGAAAGAGAAAGAGAGAGAGAGAGAGAGAGAGAGAGAGAGAGAGAGAGAGGCUGUUACUAAAGAAUGAGAGGGCUUGACUUCUGUAAUCCCAAAGGUGUGACCAGAGCCAGUUCUCAAGCAUCUCUGACCUCCAGCUGAGGUGUCUGGGGAACCAGGAAGUCACAAGGAAUAAACAGCUGAAAAGCUAAUGUGUCACCCAAGUCACUUCAGUCCCUGUGCUUGAGCUAAAAAAUCCCACUAUUGAAAACACUUCCUGGUGCAGUUUCCCUCCAUGCUUGUUUUUUUCAAUGUCAGCUGAAUCUAAAACAGUGGUCUUAAAAAUAUGUUUUAAUAUAUGUCUCAACAAAAUCUGAUGAAUUUCUUCCUUCUAUCAGCGGCGCAUACCCUCUGGUUCAAGAUAGGAUUACUUACAGUCUUCAUGCUGCGCCAAGCUAAGCUAUUGGUCCCAAACUAGAGCCUUCUCUGAAAGUGUCAGCAUUUCUAAUAUGGCGACUGCCACCAAGAAGCUUCAGAAAUGAAUGGGUGAUGCCACCGACACUAUGUCUAGCUAUUAUACAGUCUAUGAUGGACUUGUGAGGUGUGCUGUCGAAUUAUGGCGUGCUGACAUUAGCAGCCAAUUCAGUAAGUUGCAAGCUGUGCUCACCAUUCAUUUAGAGACCAAGUCCACGUCUUAAACUUGUUGUCAUGUUCCUUCACACCACCUUCUUUCUUUGCUCUGUGGUCCAGUUUUGAUGCUCAUGUGUCCACUGUUGGCACUUUCAGGAGUGGACUGUAGUCAUUAAUGACACCUCACACCUUUCUAUCAGUUGCAGAACUACUUUUUCAGCAGAUCUAAUAGCUGUUCAGGUACACUGAAACCAACAAGCUGGCUCUUGCUCUUCAAGCACAUCAGCAGGCCUCGACCACCAGGACCUUGUUGUUCCUACCUUGGACCACUUUCAGUUUUGGAUUUCAGCAGACUAAGAUCAUCCCACAAGAGCUACAGUUUUGGAGAGGCCCUGACCCUGAAACGUUGACUGACCAACAUUCUCAGUAUCAACCCAGUCCUGUCCACUGUCUGCACUGAUUUGGCAGCCAUACUUUCCAUCUCCUUCAGUGUUGGCUCUUUUCUUUUGAUCAACUACCGCUCAAUAUCUACCAGCUUCAACUCCAACAUUGUAGGCUCAGUCACUGCAGUUUCCUGUGCAUAAACAAGUAGAAACUGUAGCGUGCCCCAAAAUUGGUGAUAGCAUAGAAAUGACAAUGCUGUCUAGAACUUUGGCGAAGUCCUGCAGGGUGAUGCAGACACAUGAUGUUGUGCUUGUGAGGAUGUAGACCACUACAGCAUAACUAUGCUUGGAGUCAAUGCAGGACUACAAACCAGGCUUUAUACCUGCCCGUCUUUUCUGCCUCCAACACAUCAGCAUUGAGCAAAAAUGGUGUACUUGAAGCUGAACAGAAGCCACUCUUGACGGGUGCCACUGUAAAGACAUGAUCAAUGUUACUCCCUUCAUCUGUCUAUGGUUAUGCUGAUCUGUGCAUGUUAAGACAUUUUUGGAUAAUUUACCUGCCAUGGCAUUGCAUCCCUCCCUUUGCACGCACCAGCCACCAUGAAGAACUGAACAGUUCCACACAGGCUCGUGGCUUUGCUUUCUCAGUGCAAGAUUAGUAUCCAAGUGUACUGAAAAAAGGGACCAGUAUGGAAAGGAAAGGAAACACAGAGGGACUAUCCAGAUAAUCAAUCAUCCUUGCUUUGCAAUGUUUUCAAGUAUUUAACUACAUGAGCAAGGGUUUAGAGUCUGUUUAACUGUGGUUUACAGCUGAGAUUGUAUGUUGGGCCAAGAAAUUAUUAUUACUUUGCUUUUAUUGUCUCUUAAGCAUGAACACAGAUGAUGCCAAGUGCAACCAUUUUUUUCCAAGAAGUUUCUUGCUUGUAGAGUUGAGCCCUGUAAGCAUGUGAUCCUGACUUUAAAUAUAGAUCACACAAAUCCUGUCCCAAACAGGAUGAUCAAAACCACAUGUUGCAGAUGGAAAAACAGAGGCUACUCAAUGCACUUCAAGUCAUCAACUGAAUAAACAGUGGCUCGCUUGUGUGUGCUAACCGCCAUCAGACAAAGACUCCCACUGGAGGGGGCAAAUGUCGGCGUCAAAGUCCAGAGUCUCCAUUGCACAAUACUCCCCUCAGACGUGGAUGCCUUGUCUGGAACAUUCCACAAAGUUCUCAGCCUCCCUCCCAGCUGACAUGAAUGAGUGCAUUGACCUCUGAAAUAGGACCUCCUCGCUCUCAUCUUUGCCACUCACCUACAUCCUUCCGUCCAUUUUCCAGCAAACGGCACAUUGUAUGUCACCAAAAACUCUAUGGUUUGUUUGUGGAGCCCAAUGUGGCAGCAUGUGAAGGUGCACUUUAGCCAGCUGUGUCUAGUUACAAAGACAACAGACAGCACUUAAAUACCAAAAGCAACACAAAAGGCCAGUGAAUUUCAAGAAGAAUCCUUAUUAGAGGUUUAUGUUGCAUCAGGCUUCAUUUUCAAAGAAUAUUUCUUUCCAUCUGCAGUAUUUACUUUGGAGCAGAUACUGAAUGCUUAUGUGAAUGAGAGAGAUUAAAAUAGAAACACGAACAUAAGCUAAAGGCUUGUGAAGACACUGCUGUUCAGUAACGAUGUAGGCAGGACUCCAAUCUUUUUUAAAAACACUGUGAAGAUUGCCAAUUACUCCAUGAUUGGGCUAAAUAUAUGCACUUUUCCCAUCAUCUAUUUCAUUUUACUCAUAUUUUUACCUUUGUUUAUCCCCCCACUGUGGAAAAUAACAGAGAAAGGACAAGCCAUGAGAGAAAAUUGCUGCCUGUCUUUGAGCAUCUUGCUGUCACUCUCUGUUUUUCCAGCUCCAUUAAAGGAAUAAAUGUCAUAUGGUGCCCAGCGUGCUCCCUAUGCUCUGCCCAACUAGACAUCAGAAAAACAGAUCUCACGUCUGGGACACUGUCCAGGAAGACAGGCCCACAUUUGCAAAGACACACACACACACACACACACACACACACACACACACACACACACACACACACACACACACACACACACACACACACACACACACACGCAGGUUUUAACUGCAAGCCUGUGAACAAUGCAAACCCAUCUGUCUCUGGAGAUGUGGCCAAGAAGUGCCAGUCUGAUUCAAACGCUGUGAUACAGUCAGACAACAACAGUGGUGUCAAUCACUUUCUAUCCAUGUUUUUUUCAUCUCAAACACAACCACUUCACUCCACCUAGUGAUGAACAGGAACAUUAGUGUGUUUGUGUGUGUCUAUUUGCAUUUCUCAAUGUAAGCGUGAGUGACGCUGAUAUAAAGUAAAUGGAAGGGGACUGUGUUUCCAAGGCAACAGUCAGCCCUACAGAGAUUUAAGUUGAUUGUAUGUGCCAUGACAAGUCAAAGGGCUCCAAAGUGCUCACUGGCUUUUAUGGCUGUACUUGUUUGCAUAUGUGUAAAAGAAGAUAAGACCCACUGUCAAAAUAAGCCACACACACCGCAGCUAUUCACUUUUAAACCACACACAGCACUCUGUUUAUCCUAAAAAGGCUGUUAACACCUGCAAAUUGUUGCAUUAGAUCAUGUUUAUACUACAAGUACAACUGAUGUCAGCAAUAUGUGUGUUCUUGCAGUAUUGGUUUAGAUUUUGCUCAGCCUUUUUGUCAGAGCACAAACAGCUUUCCCUGUUUAACUCUAUAAUGUUCAAACAGUUCUGCAAAUGACUCCUCUGAUUACUUUGCAUUUAUCUUUUUUAUGCUAGCUUUGUGAACAGUUUGUAAAAUAAAGUAAUCCUGUCCUUUUUAUGCCGGCAUUAUCUGAUAAGUUUAACUUUCAUUUGGCUGAUAACACUCCCACAAAUCUGGGAGUCCUGUGUCAUGCUACUUCCUAUGAAACUCAAGGCUGUAAAAAAUUUAAUGGUUCUCUGAAUUUAGCACAAAAUACAGAAGAUGUAGGCAGGACUAAAUGUGUUGUACAGUAUAUUUAAGUUUAUGCAUGGAAUCCUUUUUAGUCACUCAUCUUUCAGUUUUUCUGGUCGUAUCCAAUUGGAAGGAGAUGUCAGCGAACAAAAAUCUUGAAACCUUAGAACAUCAGAUGAAAUGACUGCUGAAACUGAUGACAUUAACAAUCCAUAGGUACAGCCACAAAAUAUAAAAAAUAGUGUUUGAAAAAUAAUUUGACAUGUAUUUUAAUGUUCUAGUUUGACCCAUGUUCUCUUUGUUGUCAAGAGGGAGGUUGAGUUUAUAACUUCUGCUGUAGCAAACCAGUAGGGGGAGUCUAUGGCAUUCAGUUUUUUACAGUUUUUCACAAUUGCUAAAAUACUAAACCCCAUUCUCUAAAUCCAAUUCUUAGUGGCCUAAACUUAUUUUUCAAAAUAUACAAUCCUUAAACAUAUUCUCACUCACUAAACACAUCUCACACUUUGAUGCACUUGUGUUGCAAAAUUGUAAACACUGACAGCAACAUGUAAAAACAACUCCAACACAGCUGUCAUCUUUUAAACACAACAACUCAAAAUUGAUCACACUUGUGCCAGUUCAGAGGGAUUUUUUUUUCUUUUUUCGCCAUUACGUGGUCAGGGAGAAUGUGGCCUGUAAUGUGAAUGAAGUCCUGUGGCCUGACCCAGCAUGAAGACAUGAUGCUGUGGCUAGAUUAUUGUAAAUACUGUAAGUACUUGGGUUUGAAAUUGUAGUUGACACUGUAAUGUGCUUCUCAUGUAUAUUUGUUUUUAAUUUAUUUGUACUGUAAACAGACGCUAAAUUCAGAGGAUUUCUUUUUUUCAAAAUUUAUUUAGCCUACUGUGAACAGUAAUUUCUACAGCUUCAUGUCCUAAGCAUUGUGUUUUUCAUUUUUUAUAUGUCAUGUGUAAGAACUGCUCAGUAGUGUUUUUCAUUUUGAUUGACUUGGGGUUUGACGUGACACACUGUUUGGUUUUGAACACAGUGUAAGUGGUUUUGAGGUGAUCAUUUGAUGGUGGAAACAUGCCAUCCAUAUUUCAUACAGUCAAAAGGCAUGGCUUGCUUGCUACAGUUUUAUAUGGAGAAUACUCUACCAGCAAGCUUAGCUAAAUAACAUCAUAUUUAAGUUAUUUUUUUCUGGCAAGAUUUUAGGACUUCCAGGAUGGAACCCAGGAUUGUACUAAAGCUAACAUGUCCCGUGCCUUUCUUCUUCGUACCAACUGUUUUCCUGGAUACAGCUGACAACCAAUGAAUGUAAAAGAAUGAUGCUACAAUUACAAAUACAACAAUCAAUAGAGCCUUUCCAACACCACACGCAGAGUGACUUGCCAGCAGAUUCUGUAUUGAUAUGAAGAUUAAGAUAUUAAAGGAAGAUGUGGUGCAAGCAUGCGAGUUGUCUCUCAUUCUGCACAGAUUUCACAGAAUUUUGUCAGAAAAUGACAAAUGACAAAAUGACAAUACACACGCGAAAGCAUGUGUAUUGUGGGAAAAUUCAAAGCCACAGUGUAGAAUAAUUUACAGGGGUCAAUUCAACCGUGCCACAGUAUGAUACACACUGGAGGGAUUUUCAUCUGCACACUCACUCAUCGAGUUGCUCUUACAGUUGAUGCAAAGCAAAUGUGGGUUUGUUAGACUUCUCCUGCAAAAGAAAAAAACAGCACAGAGAAGAGAACAUUUUCUUCAUCUUCUAUCUGCACCAUCUGUGCCUUACACUCCUAUUUUCUUUUCUUUUCUACUCACAUACAGAUAUAAAAGCUUUACUUCCACCCCUUCUCAUAUGUCUCCUCUCUCCUCCGCAGACUUCUCCUUCUGUCACAGCAUCACUCUGCCUUUGAGACUGAGGCUAAACUCCUCUGAGAUUACUGCCUUUAUUUAAAAAAAAAAAAAAAAUCAGCGUAAUCAUACUCUUUGAUUUUGUUAUACCUCCCUGUCUUUCACUCUAGACUGGCACUGAGCUGGGAUUGGCCAUUGAGAUGGGCCUGUUAUAGGAUAGAUGACACUGCAGGAAGUGGAGACAGCUGGGUCUGGUCUGGCAGUCAUCAUCUCUGUAUCUCACAGAUAAGUUAGAACAAUAAAGUUUUAUAGAUCAAAUUUUUCUGAGAUCACCCUGAAUGAAAGUGAAGUUAUUAUUUCAGCAUCAAAUUUCAAGAUAAACCUGGAACUACAUGGUUUUGCAUUGUUUCUGGGGCUUUAAAACCCAAUAGGACACCACUAACAAGCAUAAAAAAAUUACUAAAAACAGUGUUGAUUAGCAUUGACCAUUUUUCUAUUUGUAUACAUUGUACAUCAUGAUUUUUUAUUAACCCAUUGAUUUCAAGAUAUUAAAACCCAAAAGUUUUGCAUAUGUAGCCAGGCUUAUAUCAUAGUUGACCUAACAAUCUGUCCAAGAUUUAACAUUAGCAUUGCAGCAGUGAUGAUAAUGGUGAGGUUGACAUUGAGAGUUGGAGCAGCUAGUCUGGCAGGUCCACACUAUUAGGCAUCUGCAGCAAUAAUCCUAAAAAACCUUUAAGACAGGGUAGUCCAGGUGCUUAUAGAAAGGGUGGUUUGUGGCUUUAUUGUGGCUUUAAGUUUGUGAAGUGCACACAAGUAGAGGGUGGACAUUACCUAGACUAUGUCCAGGAGUUAUGACAGUUGUUUAUUUCUCAGCACCAUUACCACCCACAACCCACACGUGAACCCUCACAGGUGCCGCACAACAGACCGAACCCAUCAAGUAGAGGAUCAAUUGGCCGAAAAUGUCCAACACAAAGGAGUGGGCAAACUUUGAUGAUGACCUGGACAGAGUGCUUGAAGCAACGCCAGCUGGAACUGCAGAGCGGAAGGCAAAUUCUCUCACUGAGAUCACGUACAACCUAGGGAAAGAACGGUUUGGAGCAAUUGAGUGAAAGGUCAAUACCAAGGCAACAAAACAACCAAACAGGUGAGAGAGGGAGAUCCAUAACCUGUGGAAAGAGAUCAAGAGCCUUGAUAGGAGGUACAAAUCAAGCAGCCCUGAGGAGAAAGAAGGGUUAAAAGAGCUCACAAGUAGUCUUCUGGAGCGCCUCACCAGACUAAGAAGGGCAGAAAGAACAAGAAAAAUGAGCAAGGAAAAGGAGGGCCCAGUUCAUCAAAGAUCCCUAUAACUUCACCAGGAUCUUACUGGGAGAAGCAAAAUCUGGGGUCUGAACACCCCAAAGGUGAUGUGGAGGUUUAUUUUAGGGAGACGCAUAGUGACCCUUAGAACAAACUACCCCUUUGGAAAAUUUCAGAAAUUGGCAGAGUAGAACCACCCACUAUCAUGCUCGAUACCAAUGAACCAACUUGGACGUACAGAAAGUGGUUAAAAAGGCAAGAGCUGCUUCAGCCCCAGGUCCCAGUGGUAUACCACACAAAGUGUAUAAAAAAAGCCCAAAGCUCCUCCGGCAGUUAUGAAAGCUGUUGAGGAAUACAGGCUGGCAAAGUGCAGGGUUGCCAUGACUUUUAGGGACUCGAGAGACAGCAAGGUCCAGGAAGCGGGAGUAAAAAAUAGAUCAGGACGAAGUGGGAGGCUUCUACAGCACUGGCCUAAGCAGAAGGCAAUAUCAAGCUCAGAGACAUUAUUGGGGCACCCUGCACAGGCAGGCAAGGGGAUGACCCACUUUCAAAAGUGGGGAACUAAAGUGGAGAACAGCCAAUCCAAGGGAGAGGGAGCCAUGGUCCAGGAUGAAAUAAGAAACCGAGAGGAAGAGCUAAGGAAGAUGAGAGCAGUGGAGCUAGGAUCCCAGGGAGCCUGGACAAGGUGAAGCCUCCCAAAGAGGAAGCUGACAUGGGCAAACCUGAGGAGGCUUGAGCUAUUCCAGAUCUCUUUCUUGCUGAGGGCUAUAUACGACACCCUUCCAACCCCGGUGAUCUUGCACAGAUGGGGUAUGAGAGACAACCUGAUGUGCAAGCUCUGUGGGAAAUAUGGGACCAUGGCACACAUCUUAUCAGGAUAUAACAUUGCUCUAUCCCAAGGCAGAUACAGGUGGCGCCAUGAUAAAGUGUUAACUGUGCUCGCCGACAUCUGACCCCCAAUUUUCACUGCAUCCAGAAUGGCUGUGAAAAGGCCGUAUCAGCUGAUCACAGAUGAUCAUAACUAUUCAAGCUAAUGUGUCAAUUUCCACCGGCUUCUUUCCGGCUGACCACCACUGCUGGCCCGCCAGCAGGAGGGUGUUAUGGUUAAGGGUCGAAACACCCAGUGAAUGCUGGUAACCAUCUGACAACACAACCUCCUGGCUAAAAGCUGCAGUCAUUACAUAAUGACUGAGAGAAAGCAUUGCAAGAUGUUGUGUAAACACAGCAAGGUGGACAAGGCUUGACAUCUAUAUGCAGCCACGCUGUCAGAGAUCUUUCAUUUUUCUCUGACCUGCAUUAACACAGACCUCUGAUGCACAUGUCUCUGAUACUGUCUCUGGCCUUGGUUUUCCAACAGCUAGAAACCAGAGGGAAAUAAAUGUGAAUCCACCCCCUGAUGUUCAAUUAAACCAUCACUUCCUUAUGUACUCGCUCGUCCAUCCCAUGUCUUGACCUUUAUUUGACACUGCUGUUUUCAUCCAAGCUGAAAAUGCAGCCCUUUUCUGACCUUAAGAUGCUCCACAGAGUUAAAAAAAAAACCCACACAUGGUUGAACUUCAAGCUUUGACCUCUUGUCCACACCACUCGGUGCUGUUUUUUAGAGGCACCUUGAGUCUUUAUGCCUCUUUAGAUGCUCUGACAACACUGUCAUCGAUCACCAUGAACUGACUCUGUUGAUUCCUGGAGUAAAUGCGUAAACCCCAGCUGAGUUUAAGUCCAACUCUUUAACCAAUAUAUCACUAAAGUGUUAUUGAUGUAGCUCCCUAAACAUGAAGAGUGAAAACACUGCAGUGAGUGUACACACACCUUUUUCUAGGAUUGCUGCAGUGAAGAAUGUCUGAUUUCAGAGCACCUUUUUGAAAAUGUAAUUCAUGUUGCAUGAGGCUUUUCUUUAUUUGAAGCAACAUAUUACACAUGUGCGCAGCAGCUCAGACUCUCGUCUUUUGUGUCCUUUGGCCAGGGCCCCAGACGAUCCUAGUGAUAGGUCUAUACCCCUCAGGAUGGUGCUAGUAAAUGCCCAAUCCAUUUCAAAUUAAACUUUUAUUCUGAAUGAUUUAUUAACGUCUAAAUGCUUGGAUUUUUAAUUCCUGACUGAGACUUGGCAAAGGAGAAUGGAGAACGGCCCCCUGAUCAAAAUGUGCCCACCUGAGUGUUCUUUUAUCAGCACUCCCAGAACCUCAGGAUGUGGUGGAGGUCUCACGGUCAUCUUCAGGAACUGCUUCAAUAAUUGGACAGUUGGUACUGGGACUUUUUGAUAAUUUGAAGUGCAGAUGACCAAGGUCAGUUGUUCAAAUCCAUUUUGUUGUGUUUUAAUAUACAGACAGUCUGGUUUUAGUAGCUCCUUUAAGUCUGAUUUUAAUGAGUUCUCAUCUUCUAUCAUUAAGUUGGACAAAGUCCUUAUGGUUGGAGAUUUUAAUAUCCAUGUCUCCUGUAGAUUUGCAGCUGGCUUUAUAACUCUCACUGAAUCUUUUAAUUUUGUUCAACAUGUGUCCUGUCCUACUCACAUUAAGGUCAUACCCUGGAUCUUGUUUUUACUCUGGGUUUGAAUAUUGACUCUGUUUGCUCAGAGGAACUGCUUUUUACUGACCAUGAUUGUAUUACAUUUAAUUUGUCAUCUGUUGUAGAUUCUCUGCCCCUGUUAGCGUUUGGUCUGUUCUCGCGUCUUACUUGUUGUGGCUCCAACACUGUGGAACAAUUUACCUGCUGAUAUUCCUUCAGCUGUUUCCAUUGUCACUUUUAAAAAGCUUUUAAAGACUCACUUAUUUAAACAGGCCUAUUCCUCCCCCAGUUUUAACUAAUGCUCUAUUUAUGCCAUUGUUUUUUGUUUGUUUGUUUGUUUGUUUGUUUUUGUUGUUGUUGUUCUUUGAUUUUACUUGAUGUUUGAUUGUAUUUGUAUGCAACUUUAUCUCAGUCUUCUUGAUUAAAAUGCCUCCAUACCAAGCCGUGCUACAAGAUGCCACAUGUCACCUGUGAUCUGUAUACAUCUGUAGCACCCAUUAACUAGAACAUUUGGCUGGGGCUGUUAGUUCAUAAAAAAGUUCAACAUACAGCACUUGUAUGAAGGUACAGUGGUGUACUUGAUUAAAAUAACCAACAAUAGCUGUACCCCAAGGGCGUUGAAUCCUUCCUUGGGCACAAGCUACUUAGAAUUAGUCUUUCCUGGCUUGUGUAAACCACUACGGCUGAAAUGAAAUAAGACAUGAGGCAAGACAGUAUAUCAUAUUUGUCCCAGUUGCUGUUCCCUCUCCUAUCCUUGCAUCACAAAGCUUUAGCCCUGUCAGUCCUGGCUAGCUGGCUAACUAGCUCAUGUCAAGUCACCUCACUUAACCCAUAACCCCAAAAUAAUUUUUAAUCUUUCAUGUCUGUUUUGCUCAUGAUAUUUGUUUUUUAAGCUAGUAGACUGAGCUGAAAACCAAAGUAUUACAUUCUUACAACGUAAAGUGGAUUCUUUGGCUUACUGAAUUUAGACUUUAGACUUACCCUAGAUGUCCAACUUCCUCUCUUCUACCUUUAUCAUCCUGGCAGACACUUGUUUCUUGUUUUAUCCAGUCAUCUCUUGUUCAUCCAGCCAUCCUCUCCUCACUGGGGGAUUACUAAUGCUUGGCCUGGCUGCUCACACCUAGCUCACACCAAGCUGUGAGGCACACAUCCUUGAACACACCCGACUCCAUCAGUUCAUGCAGACUGUGCAGAAACAUCCACAUAAGUGAGCAAAAAGGUAGGCAAGGGGAAUGUCAAAAACAUGUCCUUGUAACAGGUAUUCCUUGAGGAGUCAUCUCUAUUAUGAAAGCAUACUUUUGAAAUAUGUGGGUACUUCAAAGAAGCUACCAAACACUGUUAACUUCUGUUGCCCUCAGAGGUGAGACUUUAACACUUGAACCAGCACUAUUUUCUCUUAUGCUCGCCAUUCUGCCAUUUCACUCCUUUCACUUUUUAUCAAUAUUUAAGUUGCAAUUUCAACUCUUUUUUUGAGCUUUUACCUUUUUUGAACACUUUAGCUGCAGAUUUUCAGCAACUAGGAAUUUCCCUGAAAGAUUCUUCCCCCUAUCAUUGUGUUAAAUCAGUAUUUCGAAUUUUCCAUCCUUUCACUCAUGUCAAGGCAAAUACCUGAAAUGCUCCUGCUGAGGAUGUAAUUAUUGCUAAUGUGAUGGGAUGAAGGUCUGCACAGCUGAGGCUCCACAGCUCUGGGUGAUGUUCUGUGUGUGUUUGUUAUUAACACUGCUUACCUCUGCUGUCCCUGAGGUGCUGAUGACUUGUUGUUGCUUGACUGAACACGAGGCUUUACACUCAUCUCAACACUGCAAAAUGACGAUUCAGCGGUUAGCCAGAGCUCAUGGGCAUGUAAAAUUGUAGGUACAUGUCUAUUUUGGAUCUCAAUUUUUUUCCCUGUAAAAAUCACGCUGCUGGAUAAAAAUCUGUUUUUGCAAAUUUCCUUAAAAGUUGUAAAACUGUAAUGGUGUUCUUACUUUGCACAUGCAUGGACUUUCUCCUUUUCCUCCUAGCAUACAUGCCUCUCACUCUUCCCUCCCUGUGCCUACCACAGCCAACUUCAUACUCUACUAUGUGAGUGCAAUGUCCCAGAAAUCUGCCCCUGAUCAGGAGUCCUGUCCCAACCUGUACCAGGCUGAUGUAUGGGGCAUGCUUGCUGAGCUUUGCAGGGAAAUGAAGUGAAAAGGGCAGAGAGUACAGGGAACUGUGGGAGCCAGAGGAGGCCUUGGGUUUCAAAAAAGCUAGAUUUGAUUCCUUCUUAAUUUGUCUGUGUAAAAUUAUCUUGGCUUAGUACUGAUUUACUGGAGGGAAGCUGAUUGAGAUUGAUCUUUGUAUUCUCACUGGCCUUUGCAAGAGAAUUUUCUGCUACAAAAUCUGAAUUAUUAAAGUUUUAUGGAGGAACUGAUCUACUAAGAGUUCCCCUGGAGACUUGGCCGGAGAGAGAAAUCAGAAGUUAGACAUCACAUCAAAUAUCAAAUAUGAUUUUUUUUUGUCUUUUGAUCAGAGUACAGAAUGAGUGUAACUUAUCUGAUGAUAGUUUGAUCAAGAUAAUAUUCAUCAUGGUGAUGCUGGGAAGUGUAAAUUUCUCAUUUCUUUGAUCCAAAAUUAUAUUUCCUAAAUGUCUGUUCUCUUCAGAGUAAUUACUAUUUUCAUAUGAUCAGAUUUGAUGGUCCGUAUGAAAAGAUCAGGUUUUUUUCUGUUAGUUAUAUACCACCAUCACACUUGUAUCCGUUGUGAUUUGGACUUUUGUUUGGGGUAAAAAUUACCAGUUUGGCUGCAAUGGCAAGCAUCCUUUUUGCUAACAAGAUAAUGACUUCCGCAUGCAACCAUUUCUUCUCAAAAUGCAUUUAUUUACACACAAGAUGCUACGUGAUAAUAACUUUAUUAAUUGGGAAUUUUCUUUCAUCUUCUCCAUUCAUUAGCAUCUAGUUUUUGAUACUUGACCAAUUAAUGCAUCACUUUCCUCUUGCUUAAACUUCAAUCUUCUAUCUGAGUCAUAUGAUAGGAAAGUGUGGGAAACAAGAGCUGUAGAAACCCACAUGUGCACAUCAAUCACCCUGUUUGUCCUACAGGGUAAUUACAUUGAUCACGCAUCACUGCUGCAAUAAUUUCAAACUCACUGAGGUGAGAAAGAGGCAGAAGGAGAAAAAGGAAAGCUAAGGCCAAAGAGGGAAUAAAGGAAAGGGAAUCAAGAGAAUAGAGAUAUGAAUGAAAUCAAGAGAGGAGGAGAGGAGCUGAGGCACGACAGGCAUUCAGAUGUUUUGACAUGCAGUGAAUCGAUUAAAGGCUGAGUGUUGUGCAGAUCCAGCUUAGCAGCUGUUAAAAGGGACAGCUGAUUCUCUGAGCUGGCAGGUUCAGGAUCAGCAUCAUUGGAGGGGGAAAUGACACACAUGGUGCUGCCAUAGAUAAUGUAUUAGCUGAGGGUAGUGUGUGCUUAAGUGUGUAUUUGAGUGCAAAUGUUUGUUUGCACUUGUGUAUUAAAGAAAAAAAAAAGUAAAAGAGAGCCUGCCACUUAUCUGUGUAAUCUGUGCCCAUGUGUUCAUGUAUGUCAGCAGGAGUUUACGUAAAGGUGUCCCUCUAAACAUAUGCAUGUUUUUAAAAGUUAAAUAUCUGUUCAAACCACAUCACACCAACGGCCAUGCUGGGUCUUCCUUAAAAUGCUUUCCGGCUUUGAACAAAUGGAGUUGAUUGUAUUUACAAUAUCAAAAAGAUGAACACAAGUGUUACUCAAGCCAGUGGUGGGAAAAAGUUGAUUUAUUGAGGGUCAAACAACGAGCAGCUGCUUUGGCUCCACCAUGUGAUUUUUUUUUUUUUCAUUCUUGUCAAAGAAAAGAUGAUUUUGAUCAUCCCUGGAGAAGUAAUUUAUCACGUGACUUGUAAAAUAAGAGUCUGCUGACAGUUGCUCAAAGCUCCUGUGAGGAACUUUCAGUCUGUGCCAACUAUGGUAGCCCCUCUGGACUAAGUAGUCUUUGUUUAACUUGUCCUCUGCAGCCCUAGGUAGUGUCACCUGACACAAAAAUCUCUUCCUGUUGACUUUUGGCAGUCAAAUCUAGCAGUUGUUGUGAAUAUUUUUGUAGAAAUUGUAAAAACAGGGUCAUUUCUUUAGCUGCUGUCACUGGGCAGCUGAACAGCUAAAGAAAUGACUGGUGUAAGGGGUGUAAUACUUGUGCAUGGGGUGUUAUUCCACUUACACCAGUUUCGGGUUUUAAUAUUACUAGUAUAAAAAACUGUCAGUCUUGGUGCUGAUGGUCUGGUUUUCUUUUAUACAUCAUAAAAAGGCAUCAAUAUGAAUUUCAGUAGAGUUCUUAAACAUAAAAAAACUCCUCACUGGAGCUUUAAUUGAUCUAGAAAACACACAUUUGCUGCAACAUUGGCACUUUUAGGGGAUAAUCCAUAGUUAUAAGUCCCGCUGCUAUUCCUCUACACUAGCACUUAUGGAAUGGCUCUUGUCUAAUCACAUUUCUUGUUUAGAACUAACGUGAAGUCAUAUGAAUCAUUCUUUACAUAAUCUUCAAUGAGAAAAAACAAAACCCAAAGUUCUAAGUAAAAACACACAAUCCACUGUUGUCUGACACAAAAUCUGUUGUGUCUGUAUCAUAGACUGUAUAAAGAAUGGACAGAGUCUGCCUCCUUGCUGGGUGAAGCCACCUCCAAGAACAGCACCCUCUGUUGAUAGGCUGCAGUAUAGGUCAUAAAUCCUGCCUCCACCAGCAAAGCUUUUGGAGCUGUGGACAAACUUUAAAAAUGUAUUACACAGAACAUAAUUUUUUCUCCCCCCUGCUUGUGGUGUUGACAAGUAGUUACAGCAAGACUGGUUUGUGCUCAAGUCCUCUUUUUUCUGUGAAGCUCCGUUUUUAAAAGUUAUUAGGGGGUUCAUGAUUUCUAUGAUUGACACCUGAUACAGUCUAUGGGCGUUCAGGGAUUGCAUAGCUCUCCCAGGGGAUACGCUGUUUGAGCCGAGCGUCAUCACAGCGACGCUCGGCAACUGUGCACCUGAAUGCGCGCAUCGCUACUGCACAGCGCUGGUUUCGGGAAAUGAAGAAAAAUCCCGGAAAUACCGAGAGCUAUUUGGCUUCAAAUCCGUACACAGGCGGGAGGCGGAACCAAGUUGUCCAAAGUAUAUACAGUCUAUGGUCUGUAUUCAAAUAGCUUAAAUGCAGUGCAUAGCCGUGAGUGAGGCGUGACAUGAAACAUGGGAAGGAUUACUUAUUUUCCCAAACAGAGCUGUGCCCUGCACAGAUUGUUCACCAGCUGUAUCCUGCAUAUUAAACAAACCUAAACAUGAUAUCAUGAGCUGAGCUAAAAGUCAUCUGUAAGUAACUAUGGGCUGUCUGAAAUAAAUGCUUAUGUCUCCAACCCACCAUGGAGAUGAGAGCUGUUAUGGCAUCAAUGAAGGGUGAUUUAUACCAGAGCUUUAUAACUCUUGACAAUGGUGUUUGACACAUGAACUGAUCGUACAACCAAAAAAUUCAUCAGCUCUGUCCUUCUUUUUCUCUGCCCCUCUCUCCUUUCAUUCUCCCUCUGCCUCGCCUCUAAUCAUAAACAGACGCAUUCCUGUAGAAGUGAAGCAGCUGUAAAGCAGAGCUUUGCCAGGAUUCAGGAAUGUGUUCAAACAGCAGCACAGAGCUGCAGCUCCAGCCAGCUGAUGGUGGAGUCUAAGCUCAAAUUUUUCUACACUAACACACAGCUGGACUCUUUACAGUGAAUUGAAUUAUCUGCUUUUGGCACUGCAGACUGUCUAAAACUGACAUGAAGCCCCCAUUUCACUAAAAUAAGACCAGAAUGGAACUCAAGCACUUUGUCACUAACAGGUGAGAAAAAAAUCUUCUGCUGAGUACACUGUGACCCAGAUCAUUCCAUCAGUAGCUGUACACAAGUGGGUUAUAAAAACCUGCAAGAAUACAGCUCCAUUUGUUGAUGUCCUUGUACUACCUUAAGUGGCCUACUUUGAUAUUGGUUGACUGUCAAUGUUCAUGUUCUUUUCACCAUUAAUGAUCACUUCUGUGCUCUUGUGUGUAUGUGUCUUACUUCAGGCUCCUCGCUGGCACAUAGACCUGGAGCCCUGGGCUAGUGAGAGUCAUUCUCUGGAGGAUGAAGCCAAAAGGUUCCUCAACUACAUCACAACACCACAAGUGAGUUGUCCUUGACUUAUUUUUGUUAAAACUUCUGUUGUAUGGGCUAUCAUCAAUGAAUGGAUUUCCACUGUAAUCCAAUGUCAGAGAUAAGUGCCCUCUUGUGCAAUAUGGGAAAAGUGCAAUAUACAUUGCUUUUUUGCUUUUGUGGGUAAUUGUUAGGUACUAACAUUGUUUUAUUCAUUCAUGUUAUUUGUUGGUUCUGUUAUUGAAGCAGUUAAGCAUUGGAGGCCCUGACAAAUUUUCCCAAGAUAGCUUUUGGAGUUAGGUUAGGUUAGGUUAGGUUAGGUUAGGUUGAAUUUAUUGUCCUUGUGAGGAAAUUCAUUUGCAGUGAGUUGAAAAAAACAUAUACAAAAACAACAGCCAUACACAAAUUCUUACACUGUCCAACAUAAAAACAAAACAACUCAGGAAAGACAAUACAGGAAAUACAAUAUAAAAAUACAACUGUACUGUACUUUUUACAAAUAAAAAAUCAUAUCAUAUUAUUCUGUAUUGUAUCGUAUCAAAUUUAAACACACUUGUUGUAUCAAACUGUAUCAUAUUACAUCAAAUCAUUCUGUAUCACAUUAUAUUCUAUCCUAUCAUAUUGUAAUUUAUUGUAUUGUAUUUUAAUGUAUCUUUCCAUAUUAUUUGGUUUUGUAUCAUAUUGUGUCCUAUAGAAUUAAUUAAUAUUUUGUAUUGUAAAAUUUUACGUCACUAUGAUACUACAAUGAUUCAAUAAUAUAGACACAAUUAGGUUUGUAGGGUCAUACUAACAGGGGCCAUGAUUUGAGUAAGGUACAUAAAACUUGUACUUUUUGACAAUGAGUACUUUAGGAUGUUAAUUUUCAAGUAUUUCAGGUGUUGUUCAGAUUCAUUUAUGGCACUAGACUACAAAAAUAUAAUCACAUAUUUUAUCAAUGACAGCAGUUUCCAACGUCAAAAUAAAAGCAAACUUUAAACACAAAUCUAAAAGUGUAUCGCAUGUAUCCGCAGUAUCACAUAUCCAGCUGUUGCAUGGUUGUUUGCCAAAAGCAGUGAUACACUUGCAGAAUUUCAGGUAUACUUCAGGUAUACACUUCAGAGCAACCACUGUUUUAGUUUUAAGAGUCACCUUGUUGAUAGGCCACUUUUAGCCAUAAUUCUGAAAUGCCAUUUGAAAUUUUAUAGCACUUACAAUAUUGCACUUGACAGUACAUAUACCAGGAGUGUAUUUGUAAAAUUAAAAUUGCAGACUUUCAGGGUUGCCGUUUGCUGAAUUUCAAAAGGCAUGUGUAAAGAAUUCUCAAAUAUUGGUUUAUCAUUUUUUAUGAUAUACUUUUGUGUACAAAAUAUGCACAGGACACAAAGUAUGAACCAGGAAACAAUGGAGUUAUGUGUAUGUUUAUUCAGAGAGUAUGGCUAGCAGUUUUCCCCUGCUGUUGUUUUUCACACUUUGCUAGGCUUAUGAGGUUCUGGCACUAGCUCCAUGGUGUACGUAUAUUGAGAAAUAAGGGUGGUCCCUAUCUUUUGAACUUAAUUCCAGCUUCAGUGAAAUAAGCUUUAUGUGUUUUACAAAGAAUACUAAAUACCAAAGUACAACAAAUUAGAAGAGUAAACUUGGCAGAAUGGAUUUGUGAAACAAAAGCAUAGUUACAACAGUAUUAAGAGUAUGAAAAAGAAAGGAGCAUUGUUAAUUUCUGGCUUGUGCAAUGUAUUAGAUUGUUAAGUUUAUAUUAAGAAAAUGUGACCAGUCUUUACAGGGCACAAAAAAAUUCACAAUAGCUACUUAAUGGUGGCAUACAAGGGCCCAGUUUGUUAGUUUUUCUUCUUUUUCCUGUUAAUAAUGAGAGUUUUGUUGUGUUUUAAAUCUGUAACAUUGGCUGUAUUAAUGCUUGCCCAUGUUUUCUGCAUCUUAAAAUGUAUUAUAACUUAACAUUGAGACCAGAAAUGUGUAGCUUUAAGUCUGUGACUUAAAGACAGCUGACUGAAGCUGCUGUCAGAGCACUGAGUUAUUCUGGAUGAUCUUUGUUCUGUAUAUUGGACAAGCUGGUCUCCAUUGGAGCAUGACUGGGCUACAUCGCCUCUCUUUCACUUCCAGCUCAGCCAGAGAGCGCUUGUCAUGCUCGGCAGCAAGCACAUAAUUUAUCACUCUAAUGAUUACCAUACAGAUUGAACUCCCAGUCUUUCUAUUCAUAUUAAAUCAAUGAGAUGUUUUGGUUUGUUUGUUGGUUUAUGUCUGGCUCAGAUUACCACAAAUUGAUUAUGAUGUUCAGAAUCAAAACUUGAGAAAUAAAGGGAUUUAGAAAUGUUUGUAAUUAUAGAUCCUUUUUGAGGGAUGCACAAAGAGCACACUUCAUUUUUACUGCCUGAAUCUCAGAGGGACAAUUUUUGUGAAUGUGGUACAGUUUUUAUAAUGACGAAUUGGCUUGUGGAUAAAUCAGCAACUUAUCUUCCCCCCUCAUUAUAGCAAGAACACAGAGUGCUACACUCCAAGUGACUAAGCACUUGUUCUGUAUCUUUCACAAAGCAGACAGUCAGCUUAUAAUGAAUUAGCCUCAGGAUGUGUGUUUGUGUGGGUGGGUGUGUGUGUGCAUGCAUGUAAAGCGGCAUGUGUGUGUUUGUGAGACCGGAAGAGGCAAGGACAAUAACAGAGAAAAGGGGAUUCUGUAAAGCUGUGUGUGUGUGUAUUUGUGAAGGGAUGUUGACGGGAACUGUCCGUCAUACACAGUGACAGCAGAGGGUGGAGGCAGUUGGAGGGCGCACAGCAGUAUCUUCAGCUGUAAUGCUGACUGACACAGUGCCUGGUGGAGCUGUUACUCAGAGAGAUGGCCCGCGACACAACCGUCCAAUCAAUAGGAGUCAGUGUUGCUUGUAUGCAUGCCUGCACCAGUGCACACACACAUACAAUAAAGAGGUUUUCUUUCAAAAUAAAAGCCCAUAAAAUACAUCAAGGGAUCAUUUGUCCUAAUUAGCUUCACAGCACUGAGAAGUUAUUGUAAAAUCCAUUAAAAAGAGUGCCCAGGCAACUUAGGGCAAUUUUUGUGUUCUCAGUCAGCAGUUCAGUGUCAUUGUUAAGUCUGCAAAUAGGGCGAGCAUGGCAAUCAUGAUAAAAUUAGCAUUGAAUUGCACACUUUUCAUUGUGUGCUGAGAAAUACUUCAAGAUUUAAGCAAUCAGCUAGACCAGGAAGACUAGCUGAUUGCUAUGGCUUCAGCUAAUGGGUAUCCUUAACAAACAAAUAAACAAAUUUAAGCUGUUUAUAACGUCUGGCACAAUGGAUCAUGCCCCACAGCUGUUGUGCCUGUGCAUCCUGAAAAAAGCUUGCUCUUCUUAAGUUUUAUUCUGACUCUCUAUGGUGCCGCUGCUCAUGACUCAGGUACUCUCCUGUCUGACCUGUCAGUGGAAGCUCUUAUCAGAGAGAGAGGUUCAUUCCCUGCUCUGAGAAUCACCACCUUAUUGUGGUAGAGGGGGUGGUGCAUCACAGUGACACUGACAGCUGUGCUGUCAGAAGAGAAAAACGCCUGGUUAGGUUUUAAAAGUCAAAUUGGCCUCAGAAAAGGGGAUAAGCCUCUUUGGAGGAAAAAGAUGGGUGACUAGUUUCCUCCUCCUGAAAGUAAUGAAGCCAAAAUACCCCCUGCAGGGGACAUCAACAUAUCCCACAUGACAAUAGCAAAGCCCCAACAAAUGUUCUCAGGUUACCCAGUAGGCCAGUAAUCUGGAAGUAUAACCCUUGGAGUCUGGUGCUGUACCAAACCCACUGUCCCCUUUUUUCAGAGAGGCCCAGUGUCAAAGGCACACUGUGUUUCUGGGUAUGAUCAUGAGCUGAGUACUCUUGAUCUGCAGAAACCAGAAAUGGGGACUCAAUUUCCAGACUUGGACUCUAGUUGCACUUAAUUUGCACACUAGCAUGACUUCAGACCUGACUUGGGCUCAACUGACUUGAGACUGAAGGUUGAACUGCCAUGUCAUAGAUGGGACACAGUGUUUUAUCUGAAUUGCAUAUUUGUUUUUAAAAAACCUCCUUUCCACUCUGCAAUGACAGUAUAGAUUUUUUGAGCACACAUAAAACUUCUACCUGCUCCUUGCUUUCAUCACCUUUCUUUCAUUCCCCUCUUUUUUCACCCUUCUGUGAAGAGACUUGGCCUUGCUUGCUGAUGAAUUGGGCACAGCUGCACAUAACGAUAAAUCAAAAUGUAGCACUGACGCAAAAGCACACUGAUUAGUAACAUUUGCAUUUUAACAUUUAGAAAGGAGGAUGUUAGUCAUAACAGCUUAUGUGUUCUGUUUGUAUGACCUGGAUGCUUCACUAUAUGCUGAGUGUUAUCGUAGUCUUACAGAUUCUUCCACUGACUGAGUAAUAUUUAGAUUCUACAUGUUACUUUGAUCUGUCCCUUUGGUUUAAUGCAAGAUUUGAGUAGCUCUCAAGAUUUUUUAGGGUUUUUAAUGUGGAAAGUAAAUAAAGUGAGUCCUCUGGUGAAAAUAUGCCAUAUGUGGUGUAUCAUCAGGAGGAUUCAUGUGUAGAUGAUAACAGGCAGCUGUGCAGUAUUGGUAGUCUUGAGUAGACAGGAAGGUAAACUGGUAUGACACAUCGAUGUAUCUUAUAAGUACCACAAAGACUAGAUGGGAAAGUCUGAGGAUUUCUGUCAUCUGACAUCAGUCAAUUAUUCCCAUGCCUCCUUUUGGGUGGGAUUUUAGUUAAGUUUAUGAUACAAGACUCCCAGUUGAAGCCACUUACGUGAGAUACAUUCACCUUCUCUGUAACACAAUUACACUUUAAAAAUGUUCAUUAGUUUUUAUUUCAUUUUGGUUUUGCCUUUUCAAUCCAUUGAGCUUUGAUUAGUUUUUAAGGCAGAUUUUUAGUUCAGUUUAAUUUGGUUUGUGUUCUCUGAAAAUGAAAAUUUUAAUUUAACUUUUGUUAGUUUUUUGACAAUUUCACUUUUUUUGUAACAUGGGUUACCUGUAAGGGGCAAGAGACCCCCCCCCCCCCCCCCCCACACACACACACAAAAAAAAAGAACAUUGUAUUGAAAUACUCAAACAUUUUAUUUGUCUGUUUGCUUUGUCACAGACAAGAUAUCAGUGUGUCAGAAUUAACAAUAUCACUCGUAUUGCAAUACAGAUACAAUAAUAAAUGUUAUUUAUCAGUGUGUAGUGUCACAUACUUCAGGCCACCCCAGAAGAGUCAGUGCCCAGCCAAACAGAUUUGGACACACCCCUGCUUGUUAGUGCAUACCUUCCCAUAGUAGUUGUAGAGUAUUUUAGCAACAGAUGGAUCCAUGCUUAACAGUGAGUUCUGUAUGUAGAUUAGAGGGGACUACAGUAAGAGACAGAGACUCUAUGUGCAGGUAAAAGUUCAACUACUUAAGGAUCUCCUGAAUGUCCAUGUAGAGAGCUGUUCUCUCUUUACUUAAAUCAGUGGGCUCUAUUUCCGUCCGUUGCCGGAGACGUGGCGCAGGCGCGGCAUAAUCAGGUCUGCCGCGCCGACAAGGCAUUCCCAAGCACAAUUUGGUAUUGUGGUAAGCUGCACAGCCCGGCGUAAGUAUCCCCCCUCCCUAACUCAGCUCCUCCUGGCGGCGUAAGUCGUAGUGAGGGAGGAGAGAGGGCGUGGAUUGUUUUAGUUUUCUAUGAUUUCAUUGGUUUUCAUUAAUGAUAAAAACCUUGCUCUGCUGUCAUUGCCUGGAUUGCAGGAAAAGAUGUUGCACAGUUUUUCCUUUAUUUGGUGUCCUCAGUCUGCAAUCACCUCCUGUUAACUGUCAUUAUUUCCCUUCUCUCUUGACCAGCCUGGAACAAUGUUUUUGCCAAAUUGUUUUCUGAUACAUAAUGCUAACAGGAAGUUAUAUUUUUGCCUUGGCGUCAACAGGUAGAGGUGGAAUGACUUUAUUUGGCAUUUGUAAGCAGGUUCUUUCCAGCGUUACUUCGGUUGAUGAGAACUUAUCACAGGAUUUUGGAUCAAUAAGAUUUAUCUAUUUAGAACAGCGUAGUAAUGUGUCAGAAAGCUGAGUAAUUAAAUGUGGUUAUGUUUUUGUGUGUCCAGGUGUCAUGUGCAUCACUAGCGAAAGGUGACAUCACGCAGGAGGGGACCGAAGGAGCCUGGGCUGCGUGUUUGGACCCAAAAUACAGCCUGACCCACAGGAUCCACAGCAAACACUGCAGGGUUUACUCCUUUGGGUAGGUUUUUACAAACACUCAAUCUUAGACGUAAUCAGUUCAACAAAAGAAUACAGUCUGCACACUAUUCAAGACAAGCUGUCAUGUUGAGCAUCUGUCAGGCAGUGGAAUUGUUCACCACAUUAAUUUUCAAACAGUCAGUGAGUCUUCUUGUACAGAUGGUUUUAGAGCAGCUGCUGCUGUGACAGGCUGUGAUACAUUGAGUUAUAAUUGCUCCUGUUGUUGCUUCACAAAUGACAUUUUAGAUUCUCUCUGAGAUGCAGAAUUAUUUUUUUCUCUCUCACUAUCUUAUCUUAGAACAAAGACAAUUCUUCAUCUCUCAAUUCCCUGUUAGCCUAUGCUUUUUGUGCCUGAUGACUUAAAUCUCAAAGAGCUUAAAUCAAUUCAGGAUGGUCCUUUUGUGACGAGUUGAGCUUUUUUCUUUUUGUGUGCUAAUCCAGAGUAGUGGUUUUUGAUCUGAGAGUAACUCUGGUACUUGAGGAAGAAUAGUCUUUUUGCUCUAACUCUACAUCCCAGAUCCACCUAAAAAGUCACAUCAACUCUACUUCUACUUCCUCACCUUGAGUGGCACGUAAUCUGGAAUAAAGUCAGCCAGGCCACCAAGGUGUUUAACCUUCUUAAGAUUGGAGAGUCAAUCACUCCCAGUUGGCUUUGUGUCCUGGAUCAGCUUGGCCCUGUUUCUGCUCCCGCUGGGUCUCAGCGCAGCAGAGAGGGGAUUUCUCAGCAGGAAAGAUGAAGUUUAUUAAUCUGACUGUUGAGAGACAGCCCAGGUGCCCUGGCAUCAAGUUAGGCUGUGGUGUAGAUACUGAGACAGGAGAGAAAAGAGGAGGAGGUUGCUGCCAUUUCUGGCAUCCUGCAUCUCCACAGAGGGAAAAGGGGUCAAAGGGAGAGACCAGAGAGAGGAAUAUCUGAUAUCCCCGGGCUGAGUGAUGGGAAGUCACCCAAGCAGAAGGGCUACAUGGUUAUGCACUGACAGUAAAAGGAACAUUCAAAUGCUUCCUUUUGUCUGAUUUAUGCAAACAUUUUGACUUUUGACCUGAAUAUCCGCAAGGGGGUGAAUGUGUCUCCCAGAUCUGAUCAUUCAAGUCAAAGAAAGCUACAUUAUCAUUUCUCAUCUGUGUUCCUGAUCCCUUUAGACUUUUCAAAAUGAAUUCAAUUUAAGCUAGUUAAUGCAAUAACAGUGAGUCCAUGUUAUAAAAGAUAUUCUGUGAAAAUCAGAUGCUAAUAAGAAAUAAAAGAGCACAGUGUUGCAGUUAAGCAAAACUAACUGCUCUCUGAAGUUCUCAUUUUUGGUAUAUGCUAAGUGGAAUUCUCCUCCUGGUGUCCCCUAUCUGACCCAGAUUCUAACCCAAACACACACACACACACACACACACACACACACACACACACACACACACACACACACGUCUUGGUCAUACCCGUACAUCUAUUCCUGGCAUGCUCAGUUCCCUACACUCCAGAGGUCUCUUUGUAGAGACUCACACAGCCUGAGCUACAGCUCGCUGCUGCACAUAAAACUGUCUCUAAUAGAAAUGUCAAAUACUUAAAGUGUGCAUGCAUGUGCAUUGUUAAAAUUAGUGCAUUGCAGAGUCUCUGUGCGUACUUCUGCACACACCUUUUGUGUGUGUGUGUGUGUGUGUGUGUGUGUGUGUGUGUGUGUGUGUGUGUGUGUGUGUGUGCGUGUGUGUGUGCGUGUGUGUGUGUGUGUGUGUGUGUGUGUGUGUGUGUUUACCCUGGAUAUGUCUCAUUUGCAUGCUGUUUAACGAGCCAUGGAUGGCCGUGCCUGGGCAGGAUGAGCAGCUGUUCCUUGAUUGGUCCCUUGCAUGCUGGUGGAUGAGGGAUAUGGAGUAUGUGUGAGGAUUUGAGUUUAGGCAGCAGUUGGGGUUCCUGUGUUCCUCCCCUCUGUUUGUGUUCUCCCUCUCUCUCUCUCUCUCUCUUGCUCUCUCUGAAGCGCUGGAGGCACGGCGGGAGGCAGGGCUGGCCUGGACUGAUCGCAUGCACCUGAUUCUCGUUGGUGUCAUUUACCUGGCUUUAUAUGCCGGCUCCUCUGUUGGCUCAGUGCCGGAUGAUUACCCAGUCAUGCAACACAUGUCUUGCCACGCCGAACUCCCUCCUCUCCUGCCCGUCUAUCCAGCCUACCUCUGCGUUGUUAUUGAGAUUUUUUGUUACUUUCAUUGGAUUUUUCCCUUGAGCAAAGGUUAUUUUGUGUUCGCGUUUUUUCCCUCCAGUUGAGGAGAUUUUUGGUUUACAUUUCUGUUGCACUUUGUUCUUUUAUACUCCCUCAGUUGUUAUUGCCCUACGAGGCUCUAUCAUUUGAACUUUGUUUUCACCAGCUAUUUGCCUACUGCAACGACUUUUCCUUGACUCUGGUUUUGUGUUUUUCAAUGGCAGUCCGAGCCGACUGUGCCUUUUCCCAGAAAUGGCGAUUUUCCGUUGUUGACUUUGUUUUUUGUUUAUUGUCAAUAAAUUUGGACAAUUGUCUCUGCAUUCUUGGAUCCUGGCCUUUGUUCAAUUCCUAACAGUAUGCAUGUGCGUGUGAAUGUGGGGUAAGGGUUUGCAGGAUGUUUUUCCACAUGAAAGACCACCUUUCACCUCUCCUACACAAGCUUAAAUCUCUCAGUCUUCUUUCCCAAUACUGGAGUUGAUCUCUGAAGUUUAUUCUUCAUAACACAUUAAUAAAUACAGUGUAUGUAUUUUCCUUCAGUGCAGCAACAGUCAAGAGGCUAACUGAUACUAAAGAUUAAUUCAGAGAAUGAAUCAUUUAUAAAUUAUUAGAAAAAAACAGCCCACACAAUUUUCAGUCACAGUGGGUAUUAAACCUUGUGCUACGCUUUAGAAACAGCAUUGACAUGUUGGUUUCUGUUAGAAAGGGACAGCAAGAAUUUGAUAGAACAACUCUCUUUUUUAUUGAGUGAGGUAGGGUCUUAUCAUCCCCACUUUUAUGAGCAUUCAUUUCUACAAUUAAAUUGUUUGUAGUAUGUAUGAGGCUGUAAAAUUGACUAGGACAGAGAUUAUGGCCCUUAAUUUAACUUAAGAAACCGUUCUUAAUUUAACUUAAGAAAACACAGUUAAGAUCCUCUACAACACAUUUUAAUACCACCAAUAGUAUUAAAAAAUCACCAACUGGACACCAUAUGCUGCAACUCCAUAUAACACUGUGACAUACAAGCAUCACUCAUCAUUUAAGGUGACUUUCUUGUCAUCAAAUGCAUGUGUCUGACAAAGGGUUGUUAGAAAACCAUCUGCAUACAGCUUUUUCAAGUGAACUGUACACAUGCUGCAUGGACUCAACCUAAAAGACACUCUAAACACUCUGUCAUUUAGUUAUGACAGAUACAGAAAUGAUCUAAAGUUUCUCUAAUAAGAAUUUAAUGAAGGUGUUGAAUAUUUUCAGUUGGGGUUGGGCCAAAUUGAAGACAGAGCAAUGUAGAUUUAUUCAAUAGACCUGUUUCACCCUUUUUUUAAACCCCUAAAGUUAACCUGGCAAAACUGGCCACCCAACUUUCCCCCCCUGCAUCAUCUCAAACUAAAAAGAGCAUUCAGCCAUCUUGAUCUUUUAAACUCCAAAACUUUUCCUGUAGACUGCAGGCCAUGUUGAAGUGGUUUAAAUUUAGAGCACCCACAUAUAUAGGCUGAAGCACAGCAAGGGAAUUAAAAAUACCUGCACUUCUUUGCUUGAUGAUCAUGCAUAUUAAUAUGCAGGAAUGGAAUAUGAAGGAGGAGGUUUGGGUGAAUGUCUGACAUAGACAGAAAAAAUGAGGAUGGAGGUGGAGGGAUAAACAAAUGUGGAAACAGAAAUGUUUCAAGAGUGUAAGAUUUGAAAUGAAGAAAACAGACAUAAGGGAGGAUUAGGAGGUAAAGGUAAGAGGAUAGGAGGGAGGAUUUGGAAAGAGAACACAGAACCAGAUAGCAAAUACUUUAAAGCCCACCUAGUGUUUGUUAGCCUCAAUCUCAACAUCCAGACAGGCUGUUGAUAUAACAGUUCAGCUCUAAGGCAGAUUUACAAGCUGGUGUUUUUGUCCCUACAUACAAUACAGGCCAAAAGUUUCGAAGCAAGAUCAGAUUUGUAAAAAAAAGGUCAGUUUCAUAUAUAUAAUUUGCAACACAAUAAACAUGACUAUUGUGAAAAGAGUAACUUAUCAGAAGACAUUUUGAAUAUAAUUAUUAGGUAUUUGAGUUAUUGUUGCUUAGACUUUGCUUUCUUUAAAGUAACCUCCUCUGGCUUUAACAACAGCUUGGCAUAUACCAGGCAUUCGUUCCACAAGUUUUUUAAGGUAUGUUCCAGGGAUUGCAUUCCAAGCUUUCUUAAGUUCAUUCAAAAGAUACUGAUGAUUCGUGGGACACGUUUUUUCUGACCGAUCGAUCCAAUUCAUCCCACACAAGCUCAAUUGGAGAAAGGUCUGGAGACUGAGGGGGCCAGAUCAUCUUUUGAAGAACACCUCCCUCUUCUUUUUUGUCUAGGUAACCCUGACAGAGCUUGGCAGAGUGCUUAGGGUCAUUGUCUUGCUGCAAAACAAACUUAUGAGCCACAAGUCUGAGUCCAGAUGGAGCAGCAUGGUGCUGGAGGAUGGAGUGGUACUGUUCCUUCUUCGUGAUACCCUGACUCUCAAAAGCCAAAAAGUUGAAGUGAAUAAUCCAACUGUGAUUCGUUUUUUUGCUUUUGCACUGAAGUUGUGACUCAUGCAAAUGUUUUCAACCCUAAAACGAAGCCCUUAUUAUCUUUUGGUGACAUAUAUUUAGCAAUGGUCUGUUAACAUCAAUGUAUAUAUAAAGGUAAAUGGAGUAAAAUGGUGCAUUUCCAUGAAAGCAACAUCUGAUAAUGGAGUAAACACAUCCCAAAAUACAUAAAACUCAUGCUGGAUUUUGAAACAAGCAUUGCGAACAAAAAGCUGAAGUUACUACCAACUGUUCGGCCUGUAAUGGCCUUGCUUCCAAACUUUUGGCCUGUAGUGUACAUCCUUACAUCUGGAUCCUAUGAAAAGUCAACAGAGUCUUACUGCUCUUUCUCUCUGUAAUAUCAAGAGAGAGGAAAUUUCAGCCAUCUUUUAACAGAAACAUCCAUAAGAGCUGCUGGUGCACUGCCCCCUGACUGUCACUGCACUGAUUCCUGGUGAGGAGAAAGCACAUGACAGCAGGAAAAUCUCACUGAAAUAUUUAAAAUACAAAGUGCCCUGAAAUGAGAGGUCUUGUUGCAUCUCAAUAUCCCUCAUAUACUCAUGUCUCAUCUGCCUGCAAGGGAGAUGCACUCAAGGAUCCCGGUGCCUCAUCUGUAAAAUACGUGUGCUGUAAAUUGCACUCCCUCUGCCGCAAUUACAGAAUACAGCCGCAGCACAAACUAGACUCAGGGGGAAUACGUAGACAACAACUGAGAGGGGAAGAAAAGGGAGAAAAAAUCUGAAUUAGAGAAGGGAGGGGUGUGAUGAAGGGAGACUGUAAGUGAUUCAGAACAUGAGGAAGAGAGGGAGGAGCAUGAAGAGGAGGGAAAUACAUUCAAUGUGUUUGUCUACUUAUAAUUAUGCAACAAACGACAUACUGACGCGGACCCCAGGAGAGGAUAGGGGAACAGAGGACAGCAGAAGAGCAAUAUUGAAUAAAAGUGAUAACAAGUACCCUGCGGCAAACUUCAUCUAUUCUCUUGUGUUAUAUUAUUGAUUUUGGGGGGCUUUUAAGUGAGCAAUUCCAAGUCUUUGUGCAGUCCUAGUUUUAAGGCUUUAGCUCAGUUGACAUGGGAAUAAAACAAAUGACCCUGAAUUGUUCCUGUAUAAGCUGUUUUCCUUGUUAAGCAAUUAGCUAAUGGUGAAGUGAAUGGUGUCAAAGUUAUAAACCUGCAUGAAUGCAUCCAUCCUGCUCUGUAGGUCUUGGUGUAAAACUAUUAUCCCACUAUGAUGUAUAAUUUAAAGAGGUAUUAAACUUUUAUUUUCUGUAAACCAUCUGACUACUAGUUUGAUCCAGGCCUCAUACCAUAAUAAUGAUUAAAUGGACUGUCAUUAAGCAUCAUUAGAUUGAUCAUGUGCUGAACUUUAGAUUACCAGAUUACUGAACUUUAACUGUCAUCCAUAACAUCCAUAUUAUCAACAAAGAUUAUUAUCAUUAUUUUUCAAAUGAUCAUUCGAUGUUCCCUAAGGAAGAAUAUUUAUGACUUUGGCAGCCCUUCGAUUUUUACUCCAGCAUCAUUAUGAGGUUUGCAUUUGGUGUUUAUUUUAGAUACUCAGGUUCAUGUUCCCUGCAGGAUAAAUUGUGAUUACCUAAGGUGGCUUCUUGGGGGAUUUCUAUCAUCUAUGUUUGUGGUUCUCAAAUCGUGAGGCAGGAACCAAAUGCAGAGUUUCAGUGGUGGUGGAUGUGUGAUAAAAAGAUGAAGUAGAAAGUCUUUGCUGUGCCUAUUUUGAAGGAAAUGGGCUUCCUAUGACAGUGCUCAUAGAUAAGUUAGUUUAGACUUGAACAUAGUUGGUGGAGAUGAUGCAUCUCAACAGUGGUUGUCACCCAACAAAUACUAGAAACUUGGAUCACGAUCAUUAUUAAGUGGUGAUAGGUCCUGAUCAUUGACUGUAUAAUGAAUGGAUGCACCCAUUUGUAUCUGAAGCAGAGUUUGAGGCCUAUCACUUGCAGUCGCCAUAAUGGUCAUACUGUAUAUGGCCAAUAUGGUGACUGCCAACCUAAGUUCAGGUCAGUCUACUAAAGGAAGACCUUUAGCCUCCUGGCAAAUAGCAACAGUGUGCCCACCUGCAGGUCAAAUGGGCCAUGCCUCUGAUUUGUCCGUUUAAAAAAAGUUCAUAACUUUGAAAGUUAUGAACUUUUUACUUUUUGCUUCUUUUAUUUAAUUCAUUUUUUAGCUCUAUCUUCAUUUCUCAAGACCAGGGGUUGCCCCUUGGUCCAAAUUAUAGAUCGCAGGGAGAAUAGUGAUGUAACUGAUUUUAGCCAGUGGUCAGAAGCUUAAAUUCCUCCAUAUUGGGUUAGAGACGCUGAAUAAAAACUAAACAUAGUAUUAUCAGCGUCAUUCAUAUGUUGGCAAAUCAAAUAAAUGAGAAUGAUAACCAUGGUAAAUGUUACACUGUCUUGAUUCCUGUUCCUGUAUUUCAGCAUUGUAAUAGUGAGAAUUUUGACACACAGGUGUCACAUUUAGCCCAAGCAAUGCUGUGCUUAAGAAGAGCUUUACAUGGACAUUUAAUGCAACAUUCAUAAUUCAACAAUCUAUCCUAUUUAUGUCCCAUAUUUUGAAAAUGUUACAGUUCAGUAACUUGCCAUAUCUCUGAUACACUCUCUCUGUUUGCCUGUCCUGUGUGGGGGGCCAGGUUGGGUGUGGAUGACCGGUCCCUGGAGCGUUCUUUGGCAGGAACAGGUUGUGAGGUCCACUGCUUUGACCCCAGUCUGAAACAGCCUCACCUGCAGCAGGAUGAAAUGUGGCUCCAUCGGCUCUCUGUAGACUGGAGGGAUCCAAACCCAGCUAUUGUCGCCCAACGCCAGUACGCCAGCACAAAGAAACUGGCCACCAUCCUAAAUGACUUUGGACACAGACAGGUAAGAGGUAGAGUUUAUGAGUGAGAUUGUAUGCAUGAUCUGAGUUUAAAAUAUACAUUAGUUAAGGACUCUACCUCUAUGAAAUCACUUAGAAGUGGAAAGAAGUGAUUUCUCUUUCAAUGUCAGCAGGGGCUUAACUAUAGUGUAUAAGCUCUAUGCAUGCAAACAAAAGCCCCAUCCUGUGUGUCCAGAUUAAUACAGCUCAUCGUGACUCAUUUUUCUGUUAUCUGUUGAAGACUCCAGGUGGAUAAACUCCCAUUUAUUAUUUUGUUUUCCUUGUUAAAACAUUAUCAUGCUGAAUGUUACCUCAUCAAAGCCCCCGAGGGAUUGUGUUCCACCUCAUCAGAUAUGGAUCUGCAUACAAGAUCAAUCAUAUACAGGAACACACCAUGCUUACUAAUAGCAUGCAUACUAAUACAGCACACAGCCAUAGAUCCUGGAAAGAUGCCUGUUUGGGUACAGGCUGAAUAAUAUUUCAAGGUCAAGGAGGAACUCUUCAACUCAGGUAGUAAGAAUAAAGCUUGAUUUUCCUUAGCCUGUUUUUUAUUCAUCUUGAACAAUGUGCAAUCAUUGUCAAUUAAAUGUAUCAGUGGGGUCUGUUUCUUUGAGCUCUAUUUUCGUGUCCGCUGGCAACGCGGCGGAGGGUGGUGGACCCUGCGCAGUGGUAUUUUCAUCUGGCAGAGCCCGACGCACAGCCAGUUUGGUAUUUUCGUGGACUGAGGCGCACCAAGGUCCACCAAGCUGGGCGUGGCAGGGGGAGGUGUCAACAGAAUCAACUGGCACAGUGAAAUUUUUGUGCUAGCCUGUGCCGUAUAAAGUGCGCUGAAAGCUCGCCGAUUCAAACCUGGUCAGCUUUCGGCGCAGGCGGAGCGCAGCUGGUCUAGUGGCAUUUUGGUAGACCUGCGGCGAAGUGCGCAUACGUCACCGAUGCCUCACCUGCAAAUUUCCACAGUUUCAGGCACAUUUCAGUGCAAUAAAUAAUCAUCAACAACCAAUAUUCUGGGUCAGCACAUACAUUUAGAUCUAUAUAGAUAUAUUCUGAUCUAUAUCUGAUCUGAUGAGCGUGUUUGGCACGUGUUUAGACACACAACCUGACCAAAUCAACACAGCUGAAACCGCAUUAAAUUAAAUUAAAUAUCUAGUAAAUAGACACACAUGAUGCAGUGAGCAAGAUAUUUAAUUUGUCUCCCCCCUAUUUCUAUCUUCCUCUUCUUAUUAUUUCUCGGGCUGCUUGACCUGGACAUGUCUCCGUGUCCUCUCCCCGUCCUGCUGCAGCUGCUGCUGCGGCGGCUGAACAGAUGAUUUAUUUUAGUGAUCAGAUGAGUUAUUUACUUUAAGCCUACAUACGAAUAUUAUAAUAUUCAGUUUUGUGAGCAAAAUUUAUUUUAUAUGCCAACAUCUAUGAAAGAAAGAGCCAGGUCACGGAGUGCGAUGCGUCAUUUUUAUGCCAUUAUUGGAAUUUAUGUUGUGAUCUGUGCACACAAUCCAUAUUUUUCACGUGAGGUUUGAAUAUAUGCAACUUUAUGUAAGUGUCUUUAUUUGUGGAGAAGGGUGUUUGUCUUACCAGUGGGUCCAACAUUACACACACCAAAUCCAUAUGCGCUUAUAUGGGACAGUGUGCAGGACGCCCUCUGCAGUGUUUACAGUGACACUUGUUGAGGAGCUGCCUUCUGUUGCCAUCGUGUGGCAUUACUGUCUUCAGACAUCUCUUGAUCUCUUUGACUACUUCAUGAAAAUUGUAAUAUGCUUCACCGGUGGCGGAUAUAAAGGUAAGGAGAGGAGCGGUCCUGAUUGGCGAAAACAGGUCUCGGCUGUGUUAAACCCAUUCCACGCCCUCUCUAUGACUUACGCCACUGGGAGGAGCUGAGUUAGGUAGGGGGGAUACUUACGCCAGGCUGCGCCGCUCACCAAAAGACCAAAUUGUGCUUGGGCAUGCCUUUCGGCGCGGCGAACCUGACUUAUGCUGCGCCUGUGCCACGUCACCGGUGAGGCACGAAAAUAGAGCCCUUUGUCCCAUUGUAGGGUUCUUCAGAGGAUUCUUACGGCAAAAAAAAAAGGAAAAUACAGUCAGGUCCAAAAAUAUUAGGACAUCGACACAAUUCUAAUGUCUUUGGCUGUAUAUACUACUACAAUGGAUUUGAAUUGAAACAAACAUGAUGUGCUUCGACUGCAGACAUUCAGCUUUAAGGGUAUUUACAUCCAAAUCAGGUUAGCGGUGUAGGAAUUAUAACAAUUUUUUUUAUGUGCAUCCCACUUUUUAAGGGACCAAAAAUAAUGGGACGAACAACUCAAACACUAUUUCAUGGAGAUGUGUGGCCUAUUCCCUUACUAUUUCAUCAUCAAUUAAGCAUGUAAAAGGUCUGGAGUUGAUUCCAGGUGUGACAUUUGCAUUUGAAAUCUGUUGCUGUCAAUUCUCAGUAUGAGAUCAAAAGAGCUGUCACUAUCAGUGAGGUAAGCCAUCAUUAAGCUAAAAAAUCAAAACAAACCCAUCAGGGAGAUAGCAAAAACAUUAUGUGUGGCCAAAUCAAAUGUUUGGAACAUUCUUAAAAAGAAAGAACGCACUGGUGAGCUCAGUUGUACCAAAAGACCUGGAAGACCAUAAAAAAAAACUGUGGUGGAUGACAGAAGAAGCAUUUCCCUGGUGAAGAAAAACCCCUUCAUAACAGUUUGCCAGAUCAGGAACACUCUCCGGGGGGUUGGUGUAUGUGUGUCAAAAUCAACAACCAAGAGAAGACCUCACCAGAGUGAAUACAGAGGGUUUACCACAAACUGUAAACCAGCGGUUACCCUCAAAAUCAGGAAGACCGGAUUAGAGUUUGCCAAACAACAUCUAAAAGAGCCUUUACAGUUCUGGAACAACAUCCUAUGGACAGACAAGACAAAGAUCAACAUUUACCAGAGUGAUGGGAAGAGAAGAGUAUGGAGAAGGACAGUAACUGUUCAUGAUCCAGAACAUACCACCUCAUCAGUGAAGCAUGCUGGUAGUUGUGUCAUGUAUGGUCAUGUAUGGCUGCCAUUGGAGCUGUUUCCCUUGUAUUUAUUGAUGAUGUGACUGUUGACAAAAGCACACGAAUGGAACUCUAAAGUGUUUCAGCAAUAUUAUCUGCUCAUAUUCAGCCAAAUGCUUCAAAACUUAUUGGACUACGUUUCACAGUGCAGAUGAAUAAUGACCCCAAGCAUACUGCAAAAGCAACUCAAGAGAUUUUUAAGGCAAUGAAGUGGAAUGUUAUGUAAUGGCCAGGUCAGUCACCUGACCUGAAUCCAUUUGAGCAUGCAUUUUACUUACUGAAGACAAAACUUAUGAGAAGAUGCACCAGGAACAAGCAGGAACUGAAGACAGUUGCAGUAGAGGCCUGGCAGAGCAUCACUAGGGGUGAAACCCAGCAUUUGAUAAAGUCUACAUGUUCCAGACUUCAGGCUGUAAUUGACUGCAUAGGAUUUGCAACCAUGUAUUGAAAAGUGAAAGUUUGAUUUAUGAUUUUUAGUUUGUCUGAUUACUUUUGGUCCCUUAAAAAGUGGGAUGCACAUACAAAACUGUUGUAAUUCCUACACCGUUCACCUGAUUUGGAUGUAAACACCCUUAAAUUAAAGCUGAAUGUCUGCAGUCAAAGCACAUCAUGUUUUUUUCAGUUCAAAUCCAUUGUGGUGGUGUAUACAACCAGAAAGAUGAGUACUGUGUCGAUGUCCCGAUAUUUAUGGACCUGACUGUAAAUCAAUUCUAUUUAAUCAUUUAUGUGCUGGUGUUUAAAGCCAAGGCAACCAAAUUUGUCAUGAACCAAACCCAGGGACUAAUAAUUCCUUUCAUUCAGGAUUAAAAAAGAUCAAAGACCCUACUUGUAAAAAUAUAGAGAGAGUGCUGAAUUAAACAACAGUUUCUGAUGAAGGUACUUUGAUUAGUCAAUCAGAACAUAAUCAGUUUUACAUAUAGCCCUGGUUAUAGCAACAGCCUGACCACAUUUCACACAGAAUAAGGACUGAAAGACCCACAUUAUAAUUGUGAUAAGAGACUAAGAAAUAGAGCUUUAUUCUAUGUUGCAGACUAUGUUAAUCAACCGUCAGGCUGUACUAGCAUUGCCUUUAUACAUAUUAUGUAUUUUCUUUAUUCAUAAUAAUAAUAAUAAUAAUAAUAAUACAUUUUAUUUAAAAGCGCCUUUCUGAGCACCCAAGGACACUUUACAGGGUAUAAAAACACAGCUAGAAACAUAAUUAAAAUAAAUAAAAACAACAUACAAGUGUGAAAGUAGACAGUUAAAGUGACUAUGCGAUUCGGAAUAGGUGUGUUUUGAGAUUGGAUUUAAAGUGGGGUAAUGAGUCCAUGUUCCUGAGGUCCGGGGGGAGAGAGUUCCAGAGUUUGGGAGCAGAGCGACUGAAAGCCCUGCUCCCCAUGGUGCUGAGCCGGGCAGAGGGGACAGAGAGGUGGAGGGAGGAGGAGGAUCUGAGGGAGCGUGAGGGGGUGGAUAUGUGGAGGAGAUCGGAGAGGUAGGGGGGGGCAAGGUUAUGGAUGGCCUUGAAAGUGUACAGGAGGAUUUUGUACAUGCAACUGGACAUGCAGCUCUCUCUCUCUCUCUCUCUCUCUCUCUCUCUCUCUCUCUCUCUCGAGUAGCUUGCUCAUUAGUGGAAGCAUGUUUAUCACUUGGAAAAGAACCACAAACUGCCAUCUGCAAGUCACCAGGAGAGAAUAUCUUAGUUUGUGAUUUGUAAAAUAGUCACAGAAUUUUCUGUUUGUUGUGGCUGUCAGAAAAGGUUAGGAACUCCUUCGUUUUAGAAGUACAGUCACAUGGAAAAUAAUUGUCAAAGUACAAAAUUAUUACAUUUUCUAUGACUGAUGUUACAUGGAGACACCACUGCAGUAAUGGCAGCUUGUCAGCUUUUGGUUAUUUGUGUUGUCUCUUUGUGUUGGUCGGUGGUGUGUUGUCUUUCAAUUCAAUUCAAGUCAAGAUAAUAAUUCUCUUCCAGAGCCCAGAGCAAAGCAGACUUGCUAAUACAAGAGGCUUGGAAAAAUAUUUAUAUCAUCUCAGUGUGUGACAAGAAAUGAACAAAUAAACUCUGGCAUUAAAUAUGUUUGUGUGGGUGGCUUUGCAUACCAUAUUGCUCCAUUGAUGACAAAAUCCACCCAUUUUAAAUGCAGAGCCAUGUACAUAUUCCUGUAAUGAGGUUUUAAUGUGAGUACAUGAUGUGCCGCAGGAGCAAGCAGUAGCAGAACAGCUUCUUUUUAACAGUGUUGCCCAGCCACUGUGACAGAAAAAAACAAAGACACUUGGAAAGGUCAAAAUAUGCAUUUUUGCCAUUUCCUAUCUGCUCUGGUUAAAAGUAAACAGGUGACUCAUCCACUGAGGUCUGAUGACCUGCUGAAACAGCAGAUGCUGUUACCACAGGUAACAAAUGGAAAUAGCAGAAGCCAUGUCUCAUUUAUUCAAAGCAACUGCAUACAGGACCAUUCAACCCAUCAGUGAUCACGCAAUGCUUGGCAAUAAAGAAAAUAAAGUAUAAAAAAAUAAAUAGUGAAAGCAGCUUCUGUCUGAUCACAUUUUCGUUGCAUAACUGAAUGGUCCUAUCCUGCAUACGUUACAUUUCAGUGUGUGAUGGUUUGGUUAUCCCACAAAUUCUCCCUCAAGAUCCUGCUCUGGUUGCUUUCUUUUCAAAGGAAUUUGUUUAGAUUGACAGACGUGUUUUUUUUUUUUUUUUUUUUUCUUAACUGGAAUUCAUAAUAAAUGCCAGGUCAUAAUAGUGUCUUUGUGUGGUUUCACUCAGUGAAUAGUGAAUAGAGCUUGGUGCUAACAUGAGCACGCUUCUUGCACGUUCAUAACUUUAAAAAUGCUAAAAAGAGCUUUCCCACCAAAGUUGAUUGAAAAGAUGUCUUCACCAUACAUCUAAACAAUGUCUAGAUGUAGUUGAAAAGUGAAAGAUGAUAAGACGUAAUUUUCGUGUCGUUGAAAAGAUGUUUCUACAGGGACUUCAAUAGUGUAACAAGAUGCUGAGCCCAAAACAUAAUAACUUUUUGCCCAAAAUGUAGCAACUUGUUGCAUUUUUGGGUCAGUUAUUACAUUUUGGGAUUUAUUAAAUUCUUUAAUUGUAUUUCGAGCCUCAACAUUUUGUAAUAUUAUUGACAAUUAUCACAUUUCGGGCUUUAUUACAUCUAUUCUUAUAACAUAUCAGGUCAUUGUUACAUAUCGGGGUCUAAUAUAACGUCUCUAUUAGGACCUAUUGCAAAGAGCCAGUUUGUGCAUAAAAUAAUGUUUUUAGUCCAUGCUAUUGCCAAUUUCUCAUCUUGUCUUUGAUACAUUUUUCAUCUUCCCUCCCCCACUGACCAGCAUCCUCCUUAUAUUACAAAACCCCUAGAUUUACAAAGUCAGCACUGGCCAACAUCCUCAAUAAGCCAAAGGUGUACUGCAGAUAAAUACCUUAAACAGGCAACAAGAUUUGGGAGAAAAAUUCUUUACAUUUAUUAUCUCAAACAUUUUAUUUUAAACGUACCAUUAACGCUUAAUGUUGCACCUUAAAUAGCAUUUUCUAUAUAAAAAAUACAGCUGAAUGUGUUUGUUGUUAUAUUUGCAGAUAUUUGCUGAGAAACCAGUGUCUGAUGAUGACAACCCAUAAAAAAUAAAGGAAUUACAAGUGUUAUGAUUAUUCUGAGGGAAACACAGCAGUCUGUUCAACAUGGCAAAUCAAAUUAGAAACAACAUAUAGAAACUUAACUCAAAACCAAAAUGACUGACCUUGCUGAUGGAUCCUAAAAAUAAGUAAAUGUGUUAUUAAAAUCAAUAUGACUCAUCCUUUGAGGACCAUAAAUGCAUGUGCCAAAAGUUUGUGUGAAUAAAAAUGUGUACCUUUAGAGAUUCUUUUAAGAAAUAAAGCCUAAAUUAUUCUGUUGAUGCAUCUUGAUGAAGGGAUAAACAACUCAACAGUCUCUUGGGACUGUUCAAAAGUGACUGUCGAGACCAUUCAAAACCUAGCUUGGUGGAAAAAAAAUGGGGUGGUUUUUUUAUUAUUACUUUUUUGUUGUACUUUUUUAAUUAACAGGAACUGUGAAAGGAUCCAAAUGCAAGUCUUUUCUCUGAGAUGAGCUCCAUGGAGGGAGGCCUAAAUAUCUGACACACAAUCUGGUUAAAAAAAAAAAAAAAAGAAAAGAAAGAAAAAAGCCUAAAUACACUCAGCUCUCAAAGUAGUUGAAUGAGUAUAUCUCUGAGAUAUGUACUGGUACAUCUUUUUUUGUAAUAUGCUCUCAAGUGGCUGGCUUACUAUUUAAAAUAUGCUGUGAUGGUUUCUAUAAGUUUCUGUUACGUGUCUUGGACAGGGUUAAUCAUGUGUAACAGAAAGAGAGAGUAAAAAAGGUUCAGUUAGCACCCAGGGUUUGCCCACCAUGAGCUAAAUAAUAUUUCAGGCCAAUUGACGAUUAAAUAUGAACUUCCACUUAGAGUUAUUUUCACAAUCAGCAAACUUUUUGAUUUACAAAGACUCUGAACUUUCAUCAAAAGCAUCUGGAAAUUGAAAUUUGUCCCAACAGGCUGCCUAAUCCCAAAGAUGCUUUGCAGAAAUAAUUACCAUGGGUAUUUUGAUCACAUACUGUGUGAGUCACUGGGAGGAGAGAAAAUACUCACCCACUGGGAAUGGAGACUGUGUGCAGCAAUCUGACAUUCAUUCCUGGAAUGCAGGUCAGGAUUUUCUGUAGAGUGCUAAGAAACUACUCAUUUUUUUAUUGCAGUAGAUGAUGCUUUGGGUUUGUGACUAUGCUUGACUUUAUCAUGAGUUCUUAAACUAUCUCCACGAUUUUCCUUCACAGCACUGAUAAAAGAUUACACUGGUUCCUGACACUAAAGCUGUUUCAAAAGAGUGCAAAGUUACAUUUUUAUAACAAAUAUGAGCCCCAUACAGUUAAAUGUUGUAAAGCAGAGACUACUGGAAACUGGUUUACUACAUUGGGAAAAUUGUUGACAGGAAACCAAUUCCACUCUUCAAGCCUUUAGCCCCUCAGCUUACCAAUAUGUGCAUGGUCAUCAGAGAAGAAAGCUGUUUGGAGCUGGACACUUAGCAAAGCCCAAUCAGAGUUUAUGAAUGGAGCUUGUAUGGUUCAAGGGGACCACAUUCCUGCUUGUGAGGUGUAAAACAACAUUUGCUCUAGUUCUCUUGAGAUCUUUCCACUUGUACAGUUGUACAGCAAAGGUAGGGUAACCUCACCAAAUACUUGCUGUUGGGUUGAUGGUUUUCCAUUUGAAUGAACAAAGCUCUUUACUGCAUUUGUGUGCACCACAUCAUUGACAAUAUACAGUGCGGUUGCUUCAGUAAUACCUUCCCAACAUGUCUUUCUCUUGUCGGAUUCAAUCCAAUAGGAAAAAUACUUCACCCAGUGCUGGCUGCUCUUUAGCAGGUGUUUUUGGCUGUGGGAGCCCUGAGCGUCUCAUAGUAGGACACAUUUCUCCUACUAAGCAGCAUAUCUGUUUACAUGUUGGAAUAAAUUAGUUCUACAGCUGUUUUAAGCUGCAACAGCCUUUGAACAAACUUUAUCAUGGACUGUGGCUUAUUGACUGUCUAACACUGAAAACUGAUAAGACUGUGGCACUGUGCCAUUUUGGGGAACCAAUCAUUAUUAAUGCCAGGAGCUACACUCUUGUUAUAAGUGUCUCUGUAGGAGGCCAGCAAGGAGGGUGGACAUGACAUUGACUUAUCCACACGAUGCCAACACCAACAGGUCAGAGAAUGAGAGGAUUACUCUUGCUUUAUUUCUUCCACUUCAAGCACUGGACAGGAGCCUUGCCUCAACUUGUGACUUUUCUUACACAGUAGGCUUAUGAUGGCAACGCUGAAUCAAGGACUGUUGGGGCAAAGAAGCCAUUAUACAAAGCUUACUGUGGAGAAAAAGACUGCAAUCUGUCAGGCAGAAUGUGGCUGUAUCAACAGCUCAAGAUAGCAUCAAAUAUUGUCAAACACACAGAAACACAGUAAGACACAAACUCAGUGAGAUCCCCUCCAGAGGCUCAGGGAAUACAUCACCUCUUGAUGAUUUCACAUCAGUUUCCAUCAUGAGUUUUCUGUCCAAUUAGGAGACUUAUUUUCUUCCGGGAGUCUUUUGGUCCAUGGGGAGGACUAAGGAACAACGUCUGAAUGAGAUAGCUGUCUUUUUGAGUUUUUGGGACUACUUCAGUUCCACUAAUGAGGGCUGGGAAUUUAAUAGCCACACCAAAGGCAUCAAUCUGAGUAAAAUGUCCCUGCCACUUUGGUAUCUGUUGAAAUGUUUUUAGUUCAGUUGAGGAGCCUUCUGCGAUUAAAACAAACAAACAAACAGAAGCUUGGGAUUUACUUUCACUAGCUCUGUCUUUAAAUUUUUACUGUAGUAAAGCAUGACACAAGGUUACCAUGGACCUCUGUCUGACAAUCCUGUAGUCUAUAUCCAUCCUUAGGUUUCAUUGUUACCAAUUUCAUGGCCACAAGAUGUUCUUACUGAGAAAAUGCUAAAUGAGACAUUAAGCAGCCUGGGGGAAUAAAAGCACUGUCACCAUGAGACACUGAAACACCUAAAUGUCAGACAAUGAGCAUCUUGAGCAAUUCCUAAGAGGAAUUCCAAGGUCCUGAGGAAGUGCAUUAAACUUAACACGAGUCUCCUCACAUGAAUAUGACCCAAGGGUGCCAUUAACAUUCAUCAUACAAGACAAUUCCUCUACUCUCCAGUUUAGCAAGCCAUGUAAGGCUGCUCUCUCACUCAAUUCAUCAUCAACACUGCUGGAGGAUGGGGAAAGGCCAAGAUUCCCCGAGUACUUGCCAUCAUUGCUCCUCAAUAAUUCUACAGGGUCAGACAUCAUUUGAAAGUUAUAAAAGCACUCAUUUAUUCCCUCAAGAAAGUAAAAAAAAAAAAACACAUCCUCUCUGUUUCUGUUCUAGGUGGAUUUGCUGAAGGCUGACAUGGAGAGUGCGGAGUGGAAAAUUUUGGAGAAUAUGAUCCUGGAAGGAGUGCUGGACUCGGUAGGUCAGUUGUUGCUGGAGCUUCACCUGCACUGGGCAGGCUUCGAGGUGGGCGGUGAUGACCCAUCAGUGGUGCGGUACUGGUUCAGUCUGCUCAAGGAGCUUGAGCGAGCAAACUUUCACCUCUUCCACGUUCACAGUGACCCUGCCAAACCUCAUCUCUUUCUGCAUAAGAAUGUCCUCAAUGCCAGCAGUGCUUACACACUGAGCUGGGUGAAGACAGAGUGGAAAUCUUGA